GGAAGGAGGAGGAGGACAGGACAACUGGCACGCGCGCCCGCAGAGUGUGAGGGCGAAAGGAACGUCGUCCAGGAGAGAGAGGGCGGGGCCACACGAACGCAGGCCACGCCUAUUGCUCGGGGAGGAAGGGCGGGGCCGGCGGCGGGUGGCAGGCAGGCGUGUCAUCGCGUCGUUACACUGCGGAGCAUGGGAGCCGUGUAGGGCGCCCCCUCCCCUCCACAAUAACAAAUCACAGCGGCCUGUCCGCGUCCCUCCUCACCCGCUCGGUAAGGCCCGCCAGGCGGCGGCGGACAGCAUCCUCCCAGGCGGCGGCAGCGGCGGUUACCGGAGCGGAGAGCCAUGUCUCGCCCCGUGCUGCAGCCCAGUCAGCAGAAGCUGGCCGAGAAACUGACCAUCCUCAACGACAGGGGCAUCGGCAUGCUCACCCGCCUCUACAACAUCAAGAAGGUAAAGGGGGAGCGGGAUGGAGGGGGGGAUGGAGGGGGGACCGGGAAUACCGGGGAGCGGGGAAUGGAGGGGGUACCGGGAACUGGGGAGCGGGGGGCGGGGGGAAUGGAGGGGGGCACCGGGGAGCGGGGAAUGGAGGGGGGACCGGGAAUACUGGGGAAAUGGAGGGGGAGCGGGGAAUGGAGGGGGACCGGAAUAGCGGGGAAUGGAGGGGACCGGGAAUACCGGGGAGAGGGGCACCCACCGGGGAAAUGGAGGGAAUACCGGGGGAAAUGGAGGGGGGCAUUGGGAAUACCCGGGGGGAGGAGGAGAGGAGUACCGGGUAUAUAGGGAGGGGGCGGAAGACGGGAAUCUGGCAUACCGGGAGGGGGGAGCGGGGCACCGGACAUUCUGGGGAGGGCGGGGAGCUCUGGGCUGUCUGCCCCUUCACAGUGGAGUAUUCUCCAACACAGGCCCAGAUAGCCGGGGAGGAUGGGGUUAAGCUACCCCCAGCCGGACAUGGAGAGGGGGUACAAUCUGAGGGGCUCAGCCGCAGCCGGGAGGGAUGUGUGAUGUCACGGGCUGGCAGGCAGGGGGUUAAUAGGGGCAGGGGGUGAUAAAGGGUCGCAGAGAUCUCCUGGGCGGUGCAGGAUGAGAGAUCCCAGCUGCAGGGAGUGGGAGGAGGAAAUCCUCCACCAUCAUGGAUUGCAGGGAGAAAAUCACUGCUCCCUGUCAUCAUGUCCCCAUGUAACAGCAGCUCUGGGGGGGACAUGCAUGAUGUGUGUCCUUAUAGCCCUCUCUGAGGGUGAGGGUUGGUGGGUGAUGGUGGCCUACACAUUAGGGGCCAGAGAGACAUGAAGUGUAUAAUAAAACAAGGAAUCAGGAAGGCAUUUAUAGCAUUACAUUAAAUGCCUGUGUAAGACUCCUAACCUUGUAUAAGAGUAUGCACCAUUCAUUUUAUAUAAGUAAGUUAUAAUAAGUGUGUAUGUGUUUAUAUGUGUGUGCAUAAUAUAUGAGCUAUAUCUUUAAUUUUAGAUUCCAAUAUUUUGCAAAUGGCUUCUUUUCUUGCAUUUCUGUUUUUGUUGCUUGUGAGCACAUUUUGAAGUGAUAUUACUGAUUCAUUUGUAUCUUUUUGACUAAACACACCAUGUAACAUUUGUAGUACAUCUAUUCCAUUUACGGAAAGUCUUGCUCUAGAAUUUUUUUUAAUUUUUUUUUUUUUGUGUGUGACACUGGUUAGUUAGGUUUGCUUUUUGUGGAUUUAUAUUGUCUGGUAUGGAAAGAGUUCAAAUGGCUGUAGUUAUGUUAUUGAUAUAGAAUGUUGGUAUAUACCUUUUGGUUAGGUAUUAGAUGUUUAGUGUGAAAGUUAUUGAUAUUUGGUAUAAACACACUAUUCGUUUUAAGUAAUGUUUGUAUUAAUUUGAGAAACUAGGUGAUCCAAAGUUACAACUAAAAGUUUUUUUUCCAGAUUGUGGCUUUUAACUAAAAGUAAUUAUGCUGUGUGUGUGCUUUAAUUAAAAGAAUCGUUAGGUUUCUAUGGUGAAAAUUGUAAUUGGAGAGUACUUAUUAUUUUUUUGUUAAAGGGACACUAUGGUCACCUAAACAACUUUAGCUUAAUGAAGCAGUUUUGGUGUAUAGAACAUGCCCCUGCAGCCUCACUGCUCAAUCCUCUGCCAUUUAGGAUUUAAAUCCCUUUGUUUAUGAAACCUAGUCACACCUCCCUGCAGGUGACUUGCACAGCCUUCCAUAAACACUUCCUGUAAAGAGAGCCCUAUUUAAGCUUUCUUUAUUGCAAGUUCUGUUUAAUUACGAUUUUCUUAUCCCCUGCUAUAUUAAUAGCUUGCUAGACCCUGCAAGAGCCUCCUGUAUGUGAUUAAAGUUCAAUUUAGAGAUUGAGAUACAGUUAUUUAAGGUAAAUUACAUCUGUUUGAAAGUGAAACCAGUUUUUUUUUUUUUUUUCUCUCAUUGCAGGUUCUGUCAAUCAUAGCCAGGGGAGGUGUGGUUAGGGCUGCAUAAACAGAAACAAAGUGAUUUAACUCCUAAAUGACAGUGAAAUUGCAGGGGAAUGAUCUAUACACUAAAGCUGCUUUAUUUAGCUACAGUAAUUUAGGUGACUAUAGUGUUCCUUUAAUGUAUAUGCCAUUUCGCAAAAGUACACUUUUACCUCUGUGCUACCUAUUUGAAUUUUUUUCGCGAUAAAUUAGUGAGACACAAAAGCUGUACAUUAACCAUAUAAUUUUACUGUGCUCUCUACAGCAGCAGUGUACAAGUAUAUAAUAUCUGGCUGAACUUGAUGGACAAAUGUCUCUUUUCAGCCUAUGUAACUAUGUAAUUUAUGCUAUAACAUGCCUGGUCCUUUCUAUGUUCACAGCUUAAAGGACCACUCUAUGCAACCAGACCACUUCAGCUUAAUGUUAUGCUAUGUUUAUCAAUGGGUUAAGCCUUCCCCCAAAUCCUCUAGUGGCUGUCUCAUUGACAGCCGCUAGAGGCGCUUGCGUGAUUCUCACUGUGAAAAUCACAGUAAAAGCACGCAAGCGUCCAUAGGAAAGCAUUAUGAAUGCUUUCCUAUGCGACCGGCUGAAUGCGCGCACAGCUCUUGCCGCGUGUGCGCAUUCAGCCGACGGGGCGGAAAGGAGAGCUCCCCGCCCAGCGCUGGAAAAAGAUAAGUUUUACCCCUGUUCCCCCUUCCAGAGCUGGACGGGAGGGGGUCCCUGAGGGUGGGGGCACCCUCAGGGCACUAUAGUGCCAGGAAAACAAGUGUGUUUUCCUGGCACUAUAGUGGUCCUUUAAUGUUCUCAAGAAUAAAGCUACUACAUAUACUAUAGUAGACAAGCGUCAAUGUAGGUAAGGGAAAAAUGGUACUACCGUAAGAUAGUCCUGGUGUGUAGCAUUUUCUAAUACUUAACAGGUGAAGGCUAACAAUGCGCCAGGUUUACAUGGGGGGAUAAAAGACCAGACUCAGUCUUGUCUGUCAAGACAUUCUGUUAUUAAUCACAAAGUAUUACAUUGGAACACAAUAUGUAAAGUGGAGCAUAAAGGAGGGCGAUACCAGUGCGUUUCAUGUCAUACAAGGCACUUCCUCAGACGUCCAAUGUAAUAUAUUGCAUUUAUACAUAAACAAUAAAGCUACUCUUGUUUGGAUAUGACAGUCCCGGUACAGCUUACAACAGAAAGCUGACAAGUGAAUCAAGUGGACUUCUGUAGCAGUUUAUGGGACACAUACAGUGUUCACAUUUAAAACAAUGUGAGGAUCAGAGUUGUCGCACGGGUCUUGUACACUUCCUUUUCUUAGUAAUGAAAACUAUAAAUUUAUUGUUGAUAUUCCCGCGUCUGAAAAGGACAUUCAAAGUUAUUUUACAUAUUUUUGUUUAUUGCAUUAUCACCACUUUUUGUUAAAGCGCCUCUUGUCGCCAGAGUGUACCUUUUUUUUUUUUUUUUUUUUUUUUUAUUUUUUUUUUUUUCAUUAAGACAUAACUUUUAAAUAUUCACAAUAACUGUGAUGGCAUUUCAUUGAAAUUCCAACACAGUCAAAAGAUAUAAGACAAAGUUGGGACAUCAAUGUCUGGUAAAGCCUCAAGCUGACAAAAGAUGGAGCUUAUGAUAUCAAACUUUGUGAAUUCACGCAUCGGUCUCUUUGUAGUUAAUAAAUUGGGUGCCAGUUUUGGCCAUCACUGCAAUACAUUAAACUCUUGUUUGACCAGUAUUUUUAGUUUGAUCAAUAUCUAAAUGUUAAAAAAUUCCAAGCUGGCUACGGGACCUGAGGCCCAACAUGGUCAGACGUGUUUUCUUGUAGCUCUGACUUCUGACCGAUGAAAACUGGCUUAAUUGCAGCAUAACGAAGAAGAAAUUGGCUCAGGCGAGCAACAUACCAUCCAUAAACCUGCCUGUACUGAUUUAUACCUAGAUGAGUAAUAUCUGGCAGGUUUUCGCAUCACCUUGGCUUUAAGGCGUAGUGUGUCUGGUGACCGGGGGAAUCGGCUGGUCCACCAACCCGGAGUGCACAGCCAACUGAAGCCUGCUCAUAGCCCUGUCACCUCCACCGGACCAGUGGGGAUUAUCCCGGUCCCCACUCGAGUAACGACCAAUCCACAGCCAUCAAAUCGUUAGAUCCCGCAAAGCUGAACCGGCAAAACGGCACUCCCACAAGUAUGAGGCCCCAAGCGUUUGCACAAUUCUUGCAGGCACUAUAUGAGCGGAUGGAGAAACCUACCGUGACAGGUAUGGCCCAGACCGGCACAUCCAGUAACUACAAUGAGCUGGGGCCGGCUAUGAGAGGCACAGCUGUGACACAUGCAGAACGGAAGCGGAGGAAAAUGCUGGGUAAAGCCUACACACACCAACAGCCCGGUUCUAAAAUUAAAACAUAAGUACCCUGGUCAGCACAGCAGGGACUCAGGAGGCCCCCACUGGGUACAAUACAGGCAGUAGUUCAAUCCGAUGUACACCCACAUGGGCUGAAGACUAAUAGGGGCAUGGCCCGAAGCAUCACCCACGCCAGCGGAAGCAAGUCCGCAACAAGACCAGGACCUUCUGCUGUCCCGUCUACGGGAGGGACUUUGACUCAGUGAGCCACCAAGUCUGUGGCUUAGAGAUGCCGGUUUCCGUAUUGGCUCAGGGCAAGAGGAAUGACCUACUUCACCUCAGUGCUGUGGCUACCUGCCGAGACCCUCCAGCACAUCACCGGUGCUUUCCAUGCAAGGGAGUUGGUUGACAGGUAACCCAGUGAAACGGGUAGACAUACCGCCUCAACAUAGCGUGCCCUCUACAUCUCAAGGAUGCCAGCUUGCAUAUAUUCGAUAUGUUCUCAAUAUGCUCUUUUCCUAUUUUCAUGUCUCAUCAUCCUUCUCUCUUCUCACCAAAGUGUACUAACAUAAUAGGGGGACUUGCUCUCAGUGGUAACUAAUCCUCUGUUUAACUAGAAAGCAGCAUCCACACUAUUAUUUUUUAUUUUAUUAAUCUUAUGCAUAAAUAGUUGUUAACCCUCUUUUUGUCAGAUCGUUUUGUAAAUGCUGUUUGCUCAGAUGAGUUAGCCCAGCCUGACUAAUACUUUGCAACACACAUGUAUGUUUCAUUGCAUUAAUGUUAAUCUGUAUGGCAGACUACCUGUCUUUGCCUACUUGGCCUACACGGUAUACACGCCUAACCUGCGGUAUUCAAUGUGUUCUGCUCUCUUGCAUUAUCCAAGUGUCUGUCGUGUUAAUUACUGCUCUACACACUGAUGCUUGAUUUAUAAAAGAAAAAAUGUGCUUUCUUAUUCUGUGCCAUACUACUGUUACUGAUGAUCUGUUGGUAUUUGCUGUUGUGGCAAUGUCAGCUUGUUUGUAUCCUAUAUGCACAACAAAAAUAAAGAAUACGGUAUUAAAAAAAAAAAAUGAGAAAAAUUCCAAUCUUUUCAAGAAGGACCAUAAACAAACAUUGAAAUGAUUAGCAGACACAUCUGUCUAUUUUGUUAGUGUCUGUUUAGUAAGUGUUUCACUAUUGUACCAGUUGCUUUAUAACUAAAACGAUCUUAAUUGGUGAUGGGAGAGAUAUAAAAACAGGAAGCUCUUAUGUCAAACUCCAAUCCUCUCCCAUUUUGAAAGAACGAUUAAAUUACCUAUUCUUUAUUGUAUCCUUUUCACUAACAAAGGGCAUUUUUGUUGUUCUCCACGGCUAUCAGUUUGAUUUUCUUUUGCUUUAGCCUUUGUCUCUUUAAAGUGAUGCUGUCCUCUCAUAGUUUUAUUAAAAUAGAAACUUUUAUGAAAAUACACGAGUUGGAAUUUAACUGAAAUUCCAAAACAGUCCAAAGACAUACAUGAUAGGAAGUACUUUGUUUAAUGUAAGACUCGUUUUUUGGCAAAAUGUUGAAACUAGUAGAGCUUGCCCAAUCACAUCCUGCUGUCUAGGAACAAGCCUCUUCUCCUGUCAUUUGUAAUAUGGCAUCCCAUUGUACAAGAUCAAAUAUGAAAGGUCCCCUAUAUACUGCAGUUUUUUACUCUCAUGCACAAGUGUUAAAGGGACUCUCCAGUGCCAGGAAAACAUCAGUUUUCCUGGCACUGCAGGACCCUGCAGUGCCUCUCUCCCUCCCACCCCUAUCUCAUGUUACUGAAAGGGUUAAAGCCCUUUCAGUGACUUACCUAAAUCCAGCACUGAUGUCCCUCGGCGAUGGGUCAGGCUCCUCCCUCGCCGAUAGCCGGCGGGGGAGACCUAAUGCGCAUGCGCGGAAAUGGCCAUCAAGGAGUCACAAUGCCUCUUAUAGAGGAGCAUUGGGGGCCUGAUUUGCAUUUCCAGCGAGCACCACGUGCACAUCAAAGCGUCCCCAUAGGACGGCUUUGUAUUCAAUGCAUUCCUAUGGGCUUCCUCAUCACUUGACAGCUUUACUCUGUUGGUGCCACGGAAGCAGUAGUGUAGUAGCCAGAAAGCCAGCAUAUAAAUGGUGGAUUUAACCCUGCAAUGUAAACAUUGCAAUCACUGAAAUAACACAAACUGCAGUGUUUUACAUUACAGGUUUAAUAAGACAGGGCCACCCUUCCUAUUUCACGUCAUUAAAAUGUCACUUUCUAAAUUCAAAUUGAGUAUUAGAAUUUUGUCAGUCUAGACCAGUGAUGGCUAACCUCGACACCAUAAAUUGUUUCUGGACUGCAUUUAGAGUCUAAAAGAUAGCUGAGCAUCAUGGGAAAUGUAGUCCAGAAAUAAUUUAUGGUGUCAAGGUUAGCCAUCACUGAUCUAGACAUUUAUAUAAAGCAUUUGUAUUGUUCUCUAAAAAUGGAGUGCUGGAAGUUAAUGUCUCCACAAACAGAUGACACACAUCUAAUCAAAGCUCGAGGACAGCCCUGUGGUAUUGUGGUUGGAAGAAUAGUUACGCUUAUGGUUAAAUGUAGAAAGAAAAGAGGAAGUGCAAGUAUUUAACAACCACAAUCAUGCUUUUUUUUUAUUUUUUAUUUUUUUUUCCUCCCCAGUUUCACAAAGUCUAUGGGGGAGAUUUGUUAUACUGUUGAGGUUCUUUUUAAGUGGAUUUAAGUUCCAAAAGUGGACCAAUCACACAUUCCCUUGGUGACUCCUCUUUUACAUGUUGGCACCAGUUUUAUUUGUUAUAUUUUUUUCAUUAUAUAUAUGAGUAAACAGAACACUGCUAAAACUCCCCCAUGUGUCAUGGUCUGGAAAAUCAAAAAGUUAAAUGCAGCUAAUGAAGUUAUGAAAUACUUGUGUAUUUUACCUACUUCAAACAAAUUACAUUAAAUCAUAUUGCUGUCAUCUAAUUUCUCAGGCUACUGUUUUUAUUUUUCUGUCCUGCCAUCUAGCCUUUCAUCUGUUCUCCUUCCACUCAGCUUGCCGUCUGUUCUCUCCACCCAGCUAUCUCCACACACUAUACACAAAAGCAACUGAAAGAUACUUAAUGUAAGUAAACACUGUUUAGAAUGGACGAGAGGCAUAACUGGCGUUUGUGCAGGUUGGUGAUACUUGGAGUGAUAUAUCACUAAUAAUGGUGUGGAGAUGAAAGAAAUGGAUGACCAAGAAGUGCAACAUCUAUGAUGAAAAUCAUUGUUUUUAUGAGGCCCAGUGUAGUAAUAUUUUACACUUUUUAGGAUUAUUAAGUAAAGUGAGACUUCAAAGUAUAUUUCAAAUUCAGGGGGAAAAUAGCCAAACCGGACAAAUUCUAUAAGUUGGCAAUGUUUUCAGUUUGGCUACUCUGGCCUUACAUUUGAAAUUCACUUUGAAUUCUUAGUUUAGUGAAUAGCCUGUCUAUCCAAAACAGAGCAUGCAAGUCCUCAAGUAAUUUUAUAUAAGAUUCUGUCAGUGUCUUUGAGAAACAGUCAAUGAAACUUCAAUAAACUUUAGAAGAUAUAUAUAUAUAUAUAUAUAUAUACUUCUUUAUUUUUAUUUUUUUAUUGCUUUCGUAUUUGAAUGUCCUUUUUAUAUAACAUAAACAGGGUUAGCACUGGAUCGCCUACCAUCCAUCAAUACACUGGGUAUAGUUGAGGGAAAUAAAGCAUGCCUUUUGGGAAUCGGUGGAGAAUGCCUGAUCAUGUAAUUGUGAUUCAAUGGAAGCUGCAUACUAAGCAGGUCAGAUAUCUUACAUGUGGUUUUUGUUGUGUUUGAAUACAGUAGCUUGGAAGGGAAACUGACACAAUGAAAUGGCUGCAUUGCAGUUUGAAUUUCAAUUCACUGCUGUAAGAUAAGUACAUGAGAAUUAUUGUUGCUGGUGUUAUGAAAGAGUUCUGAAAUUAUCUCUUCAUUCCAAUUCGAACAAUUUUCCCUUUUUUCUUUUUCUUUUUUUUUUUUAGUUUAAAUUUGUGCUAUAUUUCACCCAAUGGUAUGUGUAAACGCUGGUGUUUAUAUCUCUGUCUUGCCAAACGGUCUCCAAAAUUUUUAAAGGGUCUUAAUGGCACGUAUUCCAUCGUCAACAUAACACAAUGCAAAAAUGCUGAUAAAAAUCUGUUCUUAUGCAUGGACAAGAAUAUUGAUAUCUAUAACUCAGUCUUGGCCAUACCAUAAACCUUGUGCAAAUGGAUUAUGCUUUUAUGAAGACACACAUGCAUUUGCAUAAUACAAACAUUCCCAAGACUAUUUUUUUAUGAACCUUUUUCUGAGGUCACAGUUUCUGGUAGAAUGUAACUUUAAAAUCGAAAUGCAAAAGGAUUCAAAUAAAAAUCCCUUUUUACCUUGUCUUUUGAAAAGGUGUUUAAGCCACGCUGCAGAAUUUGUUGGCGUUUUAUAAAUAAACUUUAUUAUCAGUGAUGGUGAUGGUCAGAUUGAAAGACAAAUGUGAAGACCGAACACUGGCAUCAGGACAAGCUAAGCAUUGGAAGAUGUAAGUUGAGAGAGGACAGAGCAUAUAUUUAAUAGGAUCAAGGCUCAAAAUUAUUAAUUGCCAGCUUAGUAUUGGCAAGUGGAAAUUCUAUCUGUUGUACACAACCAUUUUUAAGCGGCCCCUGCAAUUUGACUUGAACCUAGCACAAGCAGUGAUAUACAAACACAUGUUUUUUUGUUUUUUUAAAUGCAGAUGAGAAGAAAUAGACUGAGAUUUAUCAAACUGUUCUGUUUUAAAAAGUGCUCUAAAGUAGUAAAAUUGAGGCAAUCACCAUGGAAACAGAUUAAACCAGUGGGCAGAUUCUAUUAGUGAUCACUCAUUUCUUAAAUUUUUUGCACUGCAUUUUUAUGAACCGAGCAGUUCAAUAACUCUUCAUUGUUUUAUCUCUCCUCUUCUCAGUAUGAUUUCUGUGUUCUUACUGCCAGGUGCCAAGGAUGAGCUUAUAACAAAGACUGAUAGGAAGCCAAGAUGGCAUUGUCCAUUGCAGGAUAUAUCGUUUAUUUUUAACACAUCGCAAAUACACAUUUGUUAAAGUAACACUGCAAGCACCCCAUUAACUACAGAGUAACUAAUUAUGAUAAUUAAAGUAUAUGACACAUGCCAUUCAGGGUCAAGAAAUUGAAUACACAUCUCUCUCUUAUCAGCUAUAUCUUUACUACAUUUGCAGCCCAAAUGCAUUUGGAAGUAAGAGAGAUACUAGCAGGAGGCAAGGUGCACUGAUGAUAUUUGAACUAAAUGUUUACAGGCGUUUUUUGCAAUGUACCUUAUGAGUGCAAUUAAAAUGAGUGUAUUUUGUAUAUGCGUUAAAUGGACACUAUAGUCACCAGAACUUUAGCUGAAAUAGCACAAUAGGGUCAGGAACACAAACCUGUAUUCCUGACCCUAGAGUGUUAAAUCCACUAUCUAGCCCCCUUUGCCUCCCUAAAGAUGGUAAAAUCUUAUUUGUAUUCAAGUCUGAAGCUGCUGCCUCUCACUGUGAACUUCCUCUGAAAUCAGAAGUGGUGGCCUGAUCCAAUCACAAUGCUCCCCCAUACGAUUUGUUGAGACUGACAAAGAAGCAGAUCAGGGGCAGAGCCAGCACAAUUCAAACACAGCCCUGGCCAAUCAACAUCUGCUCAUAGAGAUGGAAAGUUCAGUGUCUGCAUGCAGAGGGAGGAUACACUGAAUGUUUGGAUGCAUUGUAGGCAGUCAUGACCCAGGAAGGAUCUCGAACAGCCAUCUGAGAAGUGGCCAGUGAAGUUAUCACUAGGUUGUAAUGUAAACACUGCAUUUUCUCUGAAAAGACCGUGUUUACAGCAAAAAGCCUGAAGGUAAUGAUUCUACGCACCAGAACAAAUUCAACAAACUGUAGUUGUUCUGGUGACUAUAGAAUCCCUUUAAUGUAAUUGUUAUGGUGCAUAGUCUGUCCCUUUGGGUCUUUUGCUAUAAACACUACCUUCUCAGAGGAAAAGAAGGCCACAAGCAUUCAUUCAUAAGUUGUACAUACCCCCAAGUGUCCAUAUUUAGGCUGGACAGUCCCUAUUUUCUGGGAGGUUCAUAUUGUUGGUCUAUUUGUCUGAGUGCAAAGCAGAGCUCCACAGCAAUAAUACUCACAGUAAUGUGUCUUUAAACUGCAAUAAAUGUGUUCAGAAACCGGUCUGUAUAAAUAAGAUAAUGGUUUUCUUUUCUAAAUAACAUUUUAGUUCCAUAAAUUGUAAUUAGUACAGCACCUAAAAUGUUUCAGAACAUCCUUGCCACUGUCCAAACCGCCACUCACAACCAUGAAAUAAAAAAAUGUUCCUCUUUGUCCGUUUGAAAUGUUUUGAGGUUUGUGUGUGUAUGUGCACUUCUGAUAUACUGAACAUAGCAGGAGGUUUGUGAGGUCUACAAAAUCUUGUGUGAUCUUUCAUCCUAUAUUGUGCAAUAUAGGGAGCACUGCAUAUGGGUGACAAUCUGUUCUUUGCUAGAAUGUGUUGACACCUGUUCAUCCAUGCACUUAGAGCGGUGGUGUCCAUAUUCUCCGCCGAUUCAUGUACAAGUCUUGCUUGUAUUUUGUUUUGAUUAUGCCAUUUGGAUUUGAAAAAUAAACCUUUUUAAUUGAUUCUAAAAGAGAUUUUGCCAGCAGGUGGUUGCUUCGUAAAGAUUCUUUCCUUCAUGCAGUAUAAUGAAGAAAUUAACUUAAAGCGUAUGUCACUUUUCAACAUGUCAUAAAGCUAUAUUCUUUAUGAGAGACUGUGUUGGAAUUUCAUUGAAACUACUUUCUUAUGGCAAAGCCUGAGGUUUAUAAAAAGGUGGAGCUCUGUCGUCAACGUUUGUCCAAUCUUUGCAACCGUCAAUGUUGAUGGCUAUGUGAUUCAGCCAUCGAUUUUUGGAGGAUCCAUCAGUCUUGCUGUAUCAAUUUUGUGGAACUUUCACGACAUUCAAUGGCAGUAUUUGUCAGGUGACACACUUGGCAAAUGAACAAAGUAAAAAGUUGGACAUAAUUGAUACAGUUUUAGCAGAAUUAGAACUUCUAAUUUUAUCUAUAGCUAAAACAGAAAUAAGUAGGUGCCAUGGGGGACAUAGGUAAGUGUCAAACCUUGACUUCUUACUAUGGAAUGACACCAGGGAACUCAGAGCCUGGCAUAGUGGUUAUGGUGCUUAGAGAGUAGCCUUAAUAAAUAUGCAAGUUAGAGUAUGUUACUGCAUUCAGCUCUAGUAAAUUAGUUCCACAACAAGUAAUUAAGGGAUAAUUUGUGCUAAUUUAAAAUACACCCUAUGCAGCAUAAAAUCACCAAGUGUAAUGCCACUCCUUUACACUUACAGCAAAACAAAGUAGACAAACAAAAAUAAAGUGUGCGCUACCCUUUUAUUAAUCUAGCAAAUUAGUCCCAAAUUAAAAAAGUAGGGAAGCAAAAUCUUUAGUUAACUUUUAAAGGAACACCAUAGUGUCAGGAAAAGAAAUGUGUAUUCCUGACACUAUAGGUGUAAAACACCAUUAAUACGCCUGGCCCCCUCCAUGAAAAAUUUAAUUUACUUACCCUUUUCCCAUGCCGCACAGUUCUGGUCGCGAGUGGCACCUGAGAGGUUCAAUUCUGAUGAUCUCCGCCAAUCCCAUGGAGCGCCAAUCACUGUUUUCUCAAAGAUUCAUUUAAUGAAUGCAUCUCUUAGCAAUUUUCAGCGCGUCCAUGCAGAGCAUGAAGUUGCUGAACAUUGCACCACUGAUCCAUGAAGCACUUCUAGUGGCUGUCUGAGUGACUGCCACUAGAGGUGUACCUAGGCAGUAAUGUAAACACUGCCUUUUCUCUGAAAAAUUACAUGAAAAUGCCUGCAGGGACAGACUAUACCAGAACUACAUUUAGCUGUAGAUGUGCUGGUGACUACAGUGUCCCCUUAAUACCUAUACGAAAAACUAUGGUACCACGUUACUAUGACCAGAUUGAAAGGACUAGUUUGAUAAAGAAUGCAUCAGGGAUCAGUUUGUCUUUUAGCAUCAUCAUGUUCAAUACAGCCUGGAUUGUAGUAAUAGUUCCUUUUGGACAGCUAUGUAACCUAGAAAAGGCAGUGUUUAUGGGUAAAGGUUACGUUGUAAUAAAACUGGAUUUGAGACUUUAACUAUAACUGUAGUUUUAUAAGCGUUAGGUUAAAGGUAGAAGUAUGUUUGGGAUUAAAGUAGUAUAGGGGGGGAGAGAGAAUGCAGAAUUAGAAAAUGUAACCAGGAAAAAGUCUCAAUGGUGGUGCAUGGCUCACAUGAGCAACCGGUUUCUUUGGUUGCAAUUACUACCUCAUUGACUGAAUCAGAUGCAGAAUUAACAGGUGAUACAGUAUCUCUUAGACGAGGGCUUGCAAAUCCCAAGUCGCCAAGGCAACUUGGAGAUUUGUCCUGGUGCCUUAGAUUUGUGAGCCUGUUAAGCACCCAAGGUGACUGGCUGCCUGAGAUCAGAGGUGUCACCUGGAGAGUUUAGGCAGACGGCCUGCUCAGAGAGAAAGGAGGUGGCGAGGGAGCUGUAUGUACUCUGACUGCUCUGCUACCUUGUGUGCCAUAUAGUGUCCCUUUAGGAGCUGUGUUUGUAAUGUUGAAGAACCUGGCUCCUAACUUUUUUUCUUGUCAAAUUUCAAGCAAAUUUGUCGCGCCCUGUCUUAAAAUGCUAAACAACUACAGGAUUGUAUGUUGUAAUCUUCACAUAGUUGAAAUUUAAAGUAGAAAAGAAUGGAAAAUCCACAAGCAGAUUUAUUGGAUCAAAGUGGCAGAGCAAUGUUUCGACCUGCUAUGAGGUCUUUAUCAAGCUUGAUAAAGACCUCAUAGCUGUUCGAAACAUUACUCUUCCAAUUUGAUUCAAUAAAUCCGCCUGUGGCUUGAACACUUUGAGUGCCUGGGGAUUUUCCCUUCUUUUCUACUCUCACUGCUGCAUUUGCUGGUCCUGCCUCUAUGCACCUGGUGUUGGUUGGAAUUGAAUGCGGUUCCUUCUGAUUUUAAAAACAUAGUUGAAAUUUACGGCAGGGCUGUCAGUCAAAAAUGACUUGUAUCUGUGAGCAAUUUUCUAGUGAGUCUUUUGACUUUUUUUUUUUUUUUUACAUCCAGACUUGUUUUGUAGAAACUGAGCAUGCUUUUUGAUUAUUUUUAAAAACCGUAUUCGAUCAGCAGUCUUGCAGAAGUCUUAUAUGCAGCGUCCCUUCAUGACCCAUUCCAGGCUUGUAAGACUGCAUUCGAAUUAGAACUCAAACUGUCCAGAAUUGAUAAAUGUCGACCUUGGGUGUUUCAACGUUCUCGCCAGCCUUCUGUAUUCCACAGCUUGAUGAAUUCCCUAAACCAUGAUUCCUAAAAUGUAAUUACUGGCUCCUAAGCAAAUUUAAAAUUUAUUUGCAUUUCAAAAUCUAAAAUUAUAAUACCAAAAAACUCUAUUGAUGGUUUUUGUAUUUGGAAUACUUACAUUUAUGAUGUAUCUAUGGGAUUUCAGUGUCCUGAGUUGGCUUAUAUGCAUUGUGGGUAGUUUUGGUUUCUACAGCGGAAUUGAAUUUCCAGGUGAUCCAUUUUGUUACAUUAAUUACUGAACUUUGUGGGUUAUAAUAGAUUGCUUAAGAUGAAAUCACUCCCCCCACCAAUUAAAAACCUGCUUUGAGCACUAAGCAAUUCUGUUGUGUGGGAGGAAAAGCCUGACAUUUAUCAAGCAGAGUUUUCUUGUGUUCCUGCUUGUAGGCAUGAUUAAAUAUUGCAGUGGCAAGUAACAUUUAAAGCCUGGCUUGUAGUGUAAGACUUGAAAAUUUAUUUUUUUGGUGUUGAGGGGGAGGGACAGGGAAGAUUUAAUCCACUAUAAAAAAAAUUAUGAUUUUAUUUUGACCUCCUGGGCCACCUUGUAUUCACAUCAUAUUAAGUAAACAAAACAAACUGCGUGUGUUAGAAUAUGGUACUUUCUUUGCAGAAUCAUUGUGCUAUCUGCUAAAUUAUUUUGAAGAAUGCCACCUGAAAAAGUGUUUGGAUUAGAACUAUACUUACCUACAUGUAAACUUGUUCAUCCACAUUAUUGUAGAUUGGUGAUUCAUUUGAGAUUAAACGUAAUGGAAUUAUGCCGUUGGUGGCCUUUAGUGUGUUAAUAAAAAUAACGUAUGAUCCUAUGCUACAGCAGACUCGUCACUUUGAGUUUUUAUGAAAACUUAAUUUAUGUUUGAAUUUUGAUGGCAUAAAAGGUGUACGGGGGACAACUUUCAUAUGUAUGCCUAUAAACAGGUCAAAAGUGGAUAAAAGGCUUCUGACUAUGACUGUGUCCCAUCAGCAGCUGAAAGUGAUGACUUAUGUGCAAAGUUGCCUUUUUGGCAUCAUGUGGAUCCUGCAGUUUUGCAGCAUUUUUCAUAAAAUCACAAUUUAGCAGGUUUGUGCAUGUACUGCUGUGAGGUUUCAUGAAAAACAUAACUUAGCUCUCUCUCUACAAAACCUGUCAGGAAACUUGAAUAGAAUAUCUGUUUAGUUUAUUAAGAGGGGGGUGCCUUGUAGCUAUUGUGCUACAGUAUCUGUACAAUAUAUCUAAUGUAAUAAAACUGAUCUUUUGCAGAAAACCCCUAGUUGGGGUCUCAUGUUAAUUUGAGUUGUAUGUAUGUGUAUAUAUAGAAUGAAGACUUUGCACCUGCAUGUAGAAAUCCUUAGUGAGUGUGCCAUGGAACCUCCAUGCUUGGAGGGGCAAGUAACUUUUAAUUUCUGGCUAGUAGCGUAGGACUCAAAAUUUGAAGCCUUUGUGACAUAAUGCACUGUAGAGCUGUAUAUUGCUUUCAGUGUUACCCAGUUUCAGCUGUAAUGUUAUGUAACACUCCUGUCCAAGGUGAAAAUAAGUGCCUGUAAAGUACUGUGUGCACAAAUGAACACCAACUGAAAUGUUGAUAAUCAAACCUAUUGUUACUGGUAGGUAUCAAAGCUGCAAAUCUAUUCUUAAGUUAUCUGCAUAUAAGCCAAUUUUGAGAUUCUUAUUCCAUCUGCGCUAGUUAAAAAAUGUGUGUUGUCCUUCUAAAAUAAUGUGCUGCUAUAGUAACAAAGCAGAUCAUUCUAGCCUAAAGUUAUUUGACAUCACCAGAAUACAUUCCUGUUUAGUCAUUCCUGUGGAAAAUGAAAAGGCAUUUUACAUUGUUUCUGCAAAUCUUACUGUUUUUUAAAGACGCAUAUUAAGUAAUUUAGCUGUCGAAGUUGUGGUAGGCUAGGUGAAACAGCACUUUUUUAAAACUUUUUUUUUUUAAAUACUGUAUUGCAUUUUAAAAAACUGGCAUUUUAAUGUGGGAAGUCGAACUUUAAAACAAAAAAUAUAAAAAAAACCUUCACAUGUGGCCUGAACAGUAUUUUGUUUAAAAAUAUGUUAAUUAAAUGUUAUUUAAGUCUUAGCUUACUGGAAGCUGCUAUUUGAAAUGCUGUACAAUCUAUGGGCAUAUCCCUAAGGAAAUGUAUGUUUUGAUAUUUAAUGUCUGUGUAAUUUUCUCUCUUUUUGUUUAAAUGCUUCCCCAGCAAGGACAAGUUUGGAAGGUUUGCAUUGCUUUUCACCUUCCCUUUGCCCGCUUUGAAACCAGACUCAUACUCCAUGACUUCUCUCUCUGUAAUCCACAGCACGGCCAUAAAAUCAGUGACGAAAAGCUAAGUAGUAAUUAGCUGCCACACUAGUUCCUCACUAUACACUACUGGCAAGCAUGCAGGCUGCACUUGCGCAUGUAGCUCUUAGCGGUAGCCAGCAGUUUGCCCUCCAGCUAUUGCAAUUUAUCAAGGGCUGGACUGCUUACUAGUUGGAAGCCCCUUACUUGCAACAUGAGUGACAUAUCUGGGUUUUCUUUGCCCCCUUUUUUGCCCUGAAGCAUGAAUCUCCGCUCUAAUAAUUAAAGGCGUGCAACCUAAAGUUGUUUGACGCAUAUAAGGGCAUGCCUACAAAAAAUGAAAAAUGACCAAUUACUUUUCCUUGCUUUAACAUAUGUAUUUAACAAACCUGUGCUUUUUCACACUAAGUAUUGUUAAACUUGCUAAGAAAUAACAAUGCACUAUUAUGCCUCAGCAUUAAUAGCCUGUUGCAUCUUCUGGUUUUAAUGGGCCAAAUAACUGUUUGACAAUUAAAAAAAAAAAAAAAACAACAAAACAGAACCUUUUGUAUUUUGGUUAAUUUAGAUUUUUCCCUCAAUUUCUUUUUAUUUUCACUGUUUGCAAAUUCUUCAACGGAGAUCUUUUUUUUUUAGUCUUGUGAAUUGGAAAAAAUGCGUUUGAUAUGUCUUUGCAUUUGUUCACUUUGCGGUGCCUUGACAACAAAUUGGCAAAAUUUAGAAAAUAUUGCAGUUAUGUUUUUGCACCUGUUGUCCAUGCUCCAAAAUUAAAUGGUAACCCCAUUAGUUUUUACUUUUCAGCUAUUUGAUAUAUAGAUAUCAAUAUAUUUAGGGCUCUGAAUUAUUCUUAAAUCACCUAAAUAUUUUGUCCCAUUUUUUAAAUCUGUAUUUUAAUUUUUUUUUUUCAAGCAGCUCUUACAAAAUUUUAGUUAAACGUUCACAUCAUUUCAGCAUUGAAACUUCCAUACGUUCACUGCUGCUCACUUUUAAACAUUUUUAAAAAAGACUCAUUCACUUUUUUCUGUAAAAUACAUGCAUUUCUCCUAUAACAGCCUUUUACAUACUCAUUUUCUUUUUAUAUUCACUUAGUCCUGAUACAAACAAGAAUGUUUCAUGUUUGAUUACUUGAGGAUAUUACAUUUGUAUUCAUAUUUUCCCUAAACAUGUAUUAUGUUUAUUGUAAUUCUUUUUUGUUUAUCCUUCCUGAUUACGUUCUAGGCAUGUGGCGAUCCCAAAGCAAAGCCAUCGUAUCUGAUUGACAAGAACCUUGAAUCUGCUGUUAAAUUUAUUGUUCGAAAGUUUCCAGCAGUCGAAACCCGAAAUAACAAUGUAAGUACGUGUUGGGGUAUAUUACUUUGGAACGGGAAAUGCUAAUAAAAACAAAGAAAAUAUAUCUGCUCUCUUGCUUCUGUAGAAUAUUUUCUCAAGUGUCUUUCACUUUCAGUAUUACUAUAUUGUUACCAAUGAAUGAAUGUAUUGCACUUGUAUAUAGCAAAUUUUGUUAUGAAAAACACUGGUAAUUUGUGUUAUUGGUAGUCGUUCAUUGCUUGAGUAAUAGACUUGUUUACACAAGUCUUUCAUAGAAACCAGUUCACCAACAUUAACAGUUAACCCGUACUAAGUAAUUUAACUUGCAUACACUGCCUGUAAUCAUGCAGAUUUUGCAUUUCCCCACUUUUCAUGUGCAUGCACUAAGAAUUGUAGCGCUCAUCAUUUUUUUUUUUCUCUCCUGGGUGGAGGGAGAGGUGGUUAAAAACCUUUUAAUUUACAUGUUUUAAUUACAGUAAGGAUGUGGGUUUGCUGUAUGACCAAUUAUUUCUUUUCAGUCCAUGCCCAUGAACCCAUCAUUCCAAAUGUUUGUACUGCUUUCAGAGUAAUAGUCACCUCAAAUAUCACACUGGAAAAAACAGACUACAGCUCACUGUUUUUUUUGUUUGUUUUUUAGUGGUUUUUUUUUUUUUUUGCAAUGUGAAACUGUAAACUCAAUGUAUGCAACCAUCAGGAGUUGUAGUUGGGGAAUAGAAACAUCCUCAUAGAUGACAAAUUAACUCGUUUUCAUUACACCAAAUUAAUAUAAUUCAGAGUAAUGAACAUCUGUUAAUUUGUUUCUGGUUUCUUGCAGCAUUUAGUGUGAUUCAUUUGUCCAACUCUAUGGAAGAUGCAUUUUGGAGCAACUCUGUCAUUUGUGUUAUUAUAUGCAUCUGAAACCAUUUUUCAUCUUUAAGACACAUAGUGCAGAUUUUAUCCUCCACGUGAAUCGAAACACCACAGAUAUUUUCAAUCUAUUUUGUAGCAAAAAUUCACUGCAGACCUUCUCCACCUCCUCUUGCUUAGGUGAGAAACACCAAAUUGACAACGGAAAUGCAAUUUUUUCUUGUCAAAAUAGAGCUGGGUAAUUGUAAAAUUUGUUUUGUCUCUUUUGGCCUAACAUUCCCUUAUUGAUGUUUUUAGAAUUCCCAGUUUAGCAAACUACUCUCACCUCUAUUUACAUUGCUUAUAACCACUUAAGUGCAUCUUAUUUGGGACAGAUGCAUGUGUCAUUGUGUAGUGAUGGGCAAAAUAAAAAACAGUCUAGUUUGAACAUUUUAUCAACCAAUGGACAUUAUAGAAGUGGUGUGGGUGAAGUGCCCCUGACCCUAUAACCCUGCAAUAUAUAACAUUUCCACUUCAGAGUAACUGCAGUGUUAUUUCAACCUCUGGUGGCGGUCCUCCUGCUUCCUAACUGAGUUUUAUUCAGUGAAAUGCUGUUGGACGUCUUCACGCUUUGCACGAGGACGUCUAACUUCAAAUUCCCCUUAGGAAAGCAUUGAUUCAAUGCUUUCCUAUGGGAAUGCUUUAAUGUGCUUUCCCAUAUCGGUGUGACGUUGCUGGAGGAGCAGACCUAACCUGGAAUGGGGUAAGUUAACCCCUUAUUUGCUGUAGGGGUGCUGACUUAAACAAACAGGGACACUAUAUUGUUUAGAAUACAGGUUUGUAUUCCUUACACCAGUGUUCCUUUAACCCAUGAAAUAUACUCCUUUCCAUGCACAAUCCUAUUUGCAAAAGUUUGAAGUACAGAUUUCCUUUACCCUGUCAUGUUUUUAAAAAUGCUAAAUGUUUGUAAAAACUGGGUGAAAAAGCUCUGCAAGUAAAAUUUGGUUGAAAUCUCUAAUUGGGUUAGACAACAAUUCAGGAAAUCUAAAGUUGCUAGGCUGAAUGAUUGUUAACAUUAACUUAUUUCUUUAAAAAUGUAUGGUCCCCUUACACAAAAGUCUUAGGAAAUGCUUUCCUAAAAGACUUGCUAUUGGCUCUUACUACAGCUCAUACACUGUUUCAACAGCUUUUGGCUGCUUUAAUCAACCUAUAAUUCAAAUUUUGUAUUUAUUUAUUUUUGCUCUGUGCCCAUAGCUCACUUUGGGUUGGGCAGCAAUUCAGUGACGGUUUAAUAACCCAAGCCUAAAAGCAUUUUGAAUGAUCCUUGUUCAGUGCUGCAGCAAAUGUUGACAUGCCCAACUAACAUGUGUUUGACUAGUAAGGAAUGUAGCAGGAGGCAGAUAAACUGGUUAAACAUUUGAAACAUUAAUGUGUGUGUUGGGUGUAUGUUGUGAAUGCUGUUCCACCUACUCUGAUAAAUGCAAUUCUAUUUCAACUUGUAGCAUUAGCAACAUCAUCCCUACUAAGUUUAGUGCCCAAAUCCUUCAUAAAUGUGUUUAUAAAUUGGGGGAUGCAACAACCAUACAAAUCAAUGUCUUCAUAAAUACUGAUAUGCUGUGGACACAGUUUGAACGAAAUCAAGUGUAUAUACUGAACCUGUGCUAUCAUUAGAAUGUUGGCAUUUCUGUGAGAAAAUCUGCAGUGAGUUUGAUGUGGUUGUUACAUUUAUUGUAAUGGGAUUUUUAUGGAAAACCCCAUGUAGACUGUCCAUGAACUUCCAGUUCAUUCAAAUGCUACUUUGUUUUAACUGCUAGUUUUUGCAAAAUGUGGUUAUGGGGGAGGUUCAACACAUUACUAUGAACUUCCUAUGUCUUUAAAUUGUUCAUGUGCAGGAGCUAUAGAUAGCCUACGUUCCUUUAAUGAUCAGCAGUCCCUUCCCACCCCAUGUAUCACUGAAAGGCUUAUCCUAUAGAACUGGAAGACCCCAACUAUGCUUCUCAUAGAGAAACAUGGAAAUCAUUGGUUCUCUGUAAGAAGCACUCCUUUCUGCUUCCAGCUAUACAUCAAAGCAAGUUGGCUAGGAAUCCUUCCUGGCACAGCAGACAGCUAGGAGUCAUUACUAAGUGGAUUUAUAAAUAUGCUAAUUUCUGUUUGGCUAUCCUAUUUAAUUGAUUGAACCCCUAGGUUAAAGUAAACCUUUGAAGUUGGUGUAAUACCUCUCAAGACUGUCAGGCUUAUUUACGAACGUUAAAAUUGAAAGUGAAUUUUAUGGCCAAAAUAGCCAAACUGAAAUUUUUGCUUAGUCUGCUAUGGUUUAAGUUUGACUACGUUUCCCUAAAAUUUGAAAUUCACUUUGAAUUCUCACAUUAAAGGAACACUAUAGGGUCAGGAACACAAACAUGUAUUCCUGAACCUGUAGUGCUAAACCCACCAUUUAAGUGGCUUGCCCCCGCCUUAGCCCCCUCAAAAAGUAAUAAGCCCUGCCUUAUUUUCAGCGCCGCGCUGGCCCCCCCCCCCCUGUUCCGCCUCCUUGAUGACAACAUCAGAGUUGCCGAUUUUUAGCCAAUAUAAGCAUUGGAUUAGUUAUAAUCGACAAGGAGGCAGGAUGGGGGGGGGGGGAGGGCAGGUAAGGGGGGCAAGCCACUUAAAUGGUGGGUUUAGCACUACAGGUUUGGCCAAUCAGCACCUCCUCAUAGAGCUGCAUUGAAUCAAUGCAUCUCUAUAAGGAAAAUUCUGCGUCCCCAUGGAGAGUAUGGAGAUGCUAAAUGGCAGUGCUGCCUUCUAUGCAGUACUGAGCCAGGAAGCCUCUCCAGUGACCAUCUGAGGAGUGGCCACUUGGAGGUGUCCCUAGGGGCAAUGUAAACACUGCCUUUUCUCUGAAAAGGCAGUGUUUGCAUUAACCCAUUAAGGACACAUGCCAUGUGUGACAUGUCAUGAUUCCCUUUUAUUCCAGAAGUUUGGUCCUUAAGGGGUUAAAAUGCCUGCAUAUAAUUAUACUCACCAGAACAACUACAUUAAGCUUUAGUUGUUCUGGUGACUAAUAGUCCCUUUAAUAAAUAAGUGUUUUGUACCAUAUCCCAUGAAUGCCAGAUCAGUAAAAUUUAGUUGAGAAAUAUUGUGUAAGUUGCGUGAGUCAAAUAUGCAGCCAUACUCUUCUGCUUUGCUUAAAUGUGCAAUCCUCAUCUAUUCUCCAAACUCUCUUUUUGCUGUGUAUCUAAACUAUUUCUAAUCUCUUUCAAAACCUUGCUUGUUCUUGUGUGUCUAACAAGUGUUUUUGCUUCUUUUUUUUUUUUUUUGCCUUUGUCGUAUUGUUAAAAUCUAGUUGUAGAUCCUUUUUUACUGUAUUUUAUGUUUGUAUCUACAUUUAUUUUGCAUGCUUAACGUGGCUUUGCCCGGAUAUUCUGUUUGGUAAGUUCAGAAUUUUAAGUGUCUCUUUUGCUAUUGAAGAAUGUGGUCUUGCUCUCUUUCAAUUAACAAGUACUUCCUUUCAUGCUUGUUCUUUUUCUGGAUAACUGCACUUUUUCAUCCUGUGCCUUUACCACCUGGUCUGACAUGAUCUGUAUAUUCUAAUAUUGCAUUUCAGAAUAAUUAACUCUUUCUGUGAGGCAAUCCAUGUUUAAUAAACAUUGUUAAAUUGAAUAAAUGAUAGGCAGAGGGAGUGUAAACCAGAAUUUUUAUAUAUUAAAUGAUUGCUGGUCAGUAAAUGGAUGCAGUUGAUUUAUACACUCUGUAAUAAAGGUAUGUAAAAGUUUCCGUGUCUUUACAGCAACAGCUUGCACAACUUCAAAAAGAAAAAUCUGAAAUUCUGAAAAACCUGGCUUUGUAUUACUUCACAUUUGUGGAUGUUAUGGAAUUUAAGGUAAAUAGGUUUUUUUGUUUUUGUUUUUCAUUUAAACUGUAAACAAAGGAUCUUUGUAAAUAAUCAUCACUUUUUUAUUAAUGGAACUUAAAACACGUUAGGCAAUGGAUAAGGGCAAGUAAAAUUUAUAUUGGGGAGGGAGAGAACCUACAGAAUAAUACAAAAUGGGCAUUAUUAUGCAAGCAAAAAAGUGUUGGAAAAGCCCUUUAAAAUGAACUAUGAUCGUAUGUGUAUUUGUGUACGACUGUACGUGUUUGUAUAUCUCAUCCACCCACUGGGGGUAACCUUUAUGUUUCACAGGUUGGAAUAUUCUGAUUGCCUACCAAAUGACAAGUUAACCUGUCUGGUUUGUGCAAAUGCAUUUUCCUAUUUCAGCUGGAUUUUCUUUUUCUCCUCUCCAGGAUCAUGUUUGUGAGCUGCUAAACACAAUCGAUGUAUGCCAGGUUUUCUUUGAUAUUGUAAGUAUACAAAAUGUCAUGGUUAACAUAAGUAAAGUUAUUGAUACUGCUAGAAAUGUUAACAGGUGAAGACAGCAGUAUUAUAUUGACUUUUAAUAUAGGUACACGGUUUAUAUUGCCCCAUCUAUUCUAAAGCGAUAUAUUUUUUUGUUGUGUGAGUGCUAGCUGUAUUUUAGAGCUCCUGUUUUCCAUUACUUUUUUUGGUAGCCUGUUCCCUAAAGUUUUUUUAAAGCGGUGCCUGUAAAAUGCACUGUGUAUUCAAAGUGAGGGUCGUUUGAUUUUAAAGCAGUUGCGUUAUUUUGUCCUGCUAUCAGUACCUAUUUGUUUCCCUAGCAAUACCUUUCUUGUCCUUCUAUUUAAUAGUUUUUCACAAUUCCAAGUCCAGUGUCUCCAGUUAUUCCCUGUUUAUUCUCUUAGUGAGACAGUUCUAUUCAGAGUAUAAGUAACAUGUUAUGCCAAAUAUUUUGAGUCUACUUUUCUUCAGUCUACUUUGACUGUCAUGUGCCACUUGCCUGCCCAGCCCCACAGCUUAUCUAGAUUUUCAAUGCAGAGAUAAUAAACCCUGUUAACGGUCUUAUUUGAAGUAUUUUUGUGAUUUGCAGGCACAGUUUCUAAAAACAUGCGUCCCAAGGGCAGAAUUUGUGGGUACUGUCAUUUUUGCCCAUUUUGAGAAUUUUCUGAGAACACAUUGUUGCACUCUAUUUCCAACUGUUUUAGUAAAUGAAUGAAGAAUAAGACUUUUUUAUUUUUUUUAAAGUGGGACUAUAAACAUAGGACAUUUAUUUUUAGGGUUUAUUCUACACCAUACAUAGCAUUAAAAAUUGAUUUAUAAACAGACUCCACUACUUAACAUUAUUGCAAACAUGGUGGUUUGUAGAGUACACUAUGCUGACUCUGAUUGUGAUGUGCAGGCUUAGAAAGUUCUAUGCUGGAAUCAAUGCUUAGUCAAUGAUCUGUCAAUCAGCCAGAAUUUCCAGCUCCAGGUUGAUUGUUUAUUACCAGUUUGUGCAUGUGGUGUGUGCACAUCACAUGCACAACUUGGACUGGGCACUCUCUCCUCCCUGGAGACUACAUACACAGUGUGCAGCUCUUAUAGCUGGCUCACCAAACUGUAAUCUGGGCUGUACCUGCUAUCGGAUUGUAGAGCAGUCCCACUGAUAUUGUAGUAUAAGUGGAGCUGCUUUUUGGGAUUAAAAAGUUAAUAAAAUUCACCACUUAUCCGUCUAAAAGACUGUAAUGGCUAGUCAGUAAGUAUAGUACCAGUGCUAUCCUGGGCAUGUCCCCUACCAGUAAUAUAUACACCAAAACAUAACGAAUCACCCAAACACAGGAUCCUAGGUUCCACUGUCUUAUUCAUUUAUAUGCAGAGUGUGUAGGCAUGGAUAGGAACAGCAUUUAAGUCUAAUGUAAUGACCAUGUAGAAUACCUUUUAACAAUACUGGUCUACAAAUCCUGCACGCCACUUGUCCAGGCAGCAGCAACAAAACAUUAUACAGUUAAAUCUGUGUUCAAUUUGGCAUGCAGCAAAUAAAGCCGGUUUUAGACACUGAUUAUGUUAUGAUGCUAUUAUAAAGCUUCAACUUGGUUGUAAUUUUUGUUUUUCUCGAUACACUGUUACUGUGUAGUCUUAUUCAUUAACAGGAAGAGGAUGCCAUGUUUGGGUAUUUCUUCAUGAUUUAGUGCGUUUUGGGGAUAAACUGCUUGCCUGAAAAUCUUCUGUUGAAAAGAUGAUUAUGGGAUAAACUUCGACCCCCAUACUUCAGAAUGUGAUAUUCCUGAUUUGAGGCUGCACUCUGGCUAGGCAAGGGCCUGUCUAUAGCUGCAAGCAGACUCCCUAACCCCAGUUUAGCUAGGAACUUUUAAAUAUUAUUUAAUAAUGUUCUGGAAAUGAGGGACUUUCAUAGAUGAGUGUAUUUUUGAGUUUUCUAUAUGAUUCGUAAUUCUGUGCUUUAUCCUGGUCCACUACAGGCAGCCUGUAUUAUGUAGUUGUCUGCAUUGGGUUCAGUGGGGGAGGGGGUUUCUGUCAGUAGUUUCAUUAAUAAAAUAUCUGCUCUCUGGCUGUCCUCGCAUCUGUCACUUAUGAACUUCUUAUUUGUGCAGGUAGUGUUGCAAGCUUACCUGAAAAUGCCAUUUAGAACCUAAUGUAACCCUAGCAGAAUGGAUAUUAACAAGUUUUCUUUAUAACUAUCUAAACAAUGAUUACAGCACUGUUUACACAGCAUAAAUUAUUAAUGUAGAAAAAAAAUCUAUUAACAAUUAUGUUUCUGAAACCAUGCAAAUGUGAUUGUUGACCAAUUGUUCUGGAUUCAUAAGGUCCAUCAUUACUUAUCUGUUUUAUAUAGUGCCCUUAUCCAUAUUGCUUUACAAAUGAAUGGAGGGGAAAAGUGUGGUUUUACAGACUUAGACAGAGAGAACACCAUUAUGAGCUUCAGUGCAACACUUGUAGCAUCUCCAACAAACAUGACAGCCUACGAGCUUACCUCUUUUUGUCGGUCUAUGGAUUUUUGUUCUGCAAAUAAAAAUCUGUUUUGUCUGUCCCCCCCCACUAUCUCUAGACUGUCAACUUUGACUUGACAAAGAAUUACCUAGAUUUGAUUAUAACGUACACUACACUGAUGAUUAUGCUUUCAAGGAUCGAAGAGCGAAAAGCAAUUAUAGGCCUCUACAACUACUCUCAUGAAAUGACUCAUGGAGCAAGGUAUUUAUACAUUCAUACACAUUAAGCAUCUCUGAAUCCAUCGCACAAAUAUUAUUUAGAUAUCUUUUCUUUGUAUAUUUUUCACAUUUUUAGUGACCGAGAGUAUCCUCGACUUGGACAAAUGAUAGUUGACUAUGAAAACCCUUUAAAGAAGAUGAUGGAAGAAUUUGUCCCUCAUAGUAAAGUAAAUGCAUUUUGGUUAAUUUCUAGAUUUCAAAUCUCUCAGAAUUAAAGGAAAAUCUUGCUUAUACCAGCACAUGAGCAUAAAGAGAGGUGAUAAAACAAACCUUAUAUCGUUUUCCUGUGCACUGUUUUGGUAACCUUUUAGUGCAAAUCUACUGUUUGAAUUGUCAUCUACAUCCCUUCUAAAGAUAAAUAAGCCAUUAGUUUCUCAUUAGUUUUUUUAAAUCUGCACCUUGGGAAAAACUUCUUUCCAGGCUGAUUUAUGUUGCAAUUAGUGGGAAGGCUUGAAAAAAGGUUGAGUAGCUUCUACCGUGAUAGCAUCAGCUAAGAGGAUGUCUUGUUUUAAUAGCUGUCAUUAUGAGAAUAAAGUGUAAUUCAUAUUUAUUCACAUUUAUUCACAUUGCAAAUAAUCUAUUUAUUCCUGUUUGUGCUGUCGCUCAGUAAUUAUGCCUAUUUAUUUCAGCUUUUUAUUUAUUUUAUUUAGUCUUUGUCAGAUGCACUCAUUUCAUUGCAAAUGGUCUAUCCACGAAGAAACCUUUCAGCAGAUCAGUGGAGAAAUGCUCAGCUUUUAAGUCUCAUCAGUGCUCCAAGCACAAUGCUAAACCCUGCACAAUCAGACACAGUAUGUAUCGAUUUCCUGUAUUAACCUUUUUAUGUUUUUUCUGUUCAGUGUUUUCAUGUAUGCGUUUUCCUUGCUGAGGGCAUAAUAAGCCAGAUCUGCUGUAUUAUGUGCCUUAUUAAUCCAAUAAGCUGUAAGGGUGCAUGCCAGAGAAUACAUCGGGUUCAAGUGUUCCUCCCAGAAAUGUUAUGUUGUGGUACCAAUGUUGCGUUGUGUAUAUUCUAAAAUCUCUACUUCGUUGGCAGUAAAAAUGUCUGAGGAAUCACUCCUUUGAGAUAUAUAUAUAUAUAUAUAUAUAUAUAUAUAUAUAUAUAAUGUGUGUGUGUGUGUGUGUAUAUAUAUUUUUUUAUUAUUGUAACUUAUGGUCAUAUGUUUGCCAAGAACUAGUCUUAGGGAUAAUUUUGAUGUAUACUGUCUAGAUGGUGUGUCUUCUGAAAGAUCAGAAGAUUAAGCUAUAUCCAAGAGGGCAGGGCCUCCAAGUAAAGAAAGAGAUUGUUUUAGUGUAUACUAAUGUGUGUGGACAUUUGCUUUGGAGAUCCAGGUUCUAAGACAUACUAAAGAAAACCUAAAACGUAUUCAUAAAACCCAAUAAGGUUUAGUGAUUAUUCAAGGCCACAUGAUCUCCUCUCCGAUUUUAUUACUGGAGUCAGUUCUUCAGUAAUGGUUAAUUUCUGAAAAUAUAACGAGUUAAGAGCCUAGUGGAGCUGUUACAGACCUUAGGGUAGCCUCUGUUUAAUGGGACCCUGGAGGCACCCAGACCACUUCAGCUCAUUAAAGUGGUCUUGGUGCAAACUCCCAUCACCCUUAACACUGAGCAUGUAAUUAUUGCAGUUUUCUAAACUGCAAUAAUUACCUGCUAGGGUUAACUCCUCUAUUAGUGGUUGUCUAACAGACAGCCACUAGAAGGACUUCCUUGUGGAUAGGUGACUUUUGGUUGCCUAAACAACGCUGGACGUCCUCACGCUAUGCAUGGUUUGAGCUGAGCCAUUGCAGAGGGACAUCGGCGCUGGACCAAGGUUAGUGACAGAAGGGGGGGGGGGGAGGAAGCUCUAGUGCCAGAAGAAUUUGUUUUCCUGGCACUAUAGAUUCCAAUUGCAGCUAUAGUUCAAUUAUAAUAUUGAUGGAUACUUAAUGUGGUUACCAUAAGAUUUUUGCCAAGUACAAACUCCAUUUUGCAGAUAUAACGCUGCAAAAGAUAUGUGGGCAUAUGAGGAACCUGUUGAUCCUAGAAAAGCUAGGACCACUUUGCGUAUUCAUGUGAAAGAAACUGGUACUGAUUCUGCUACUACUAGGAUUAAAUAUAUUGUUUGCAACUAGUGCAUCUAUUAAAAAUAAGUAACCCUUUUUUUUUUUUUUCUGCUUGAGAAAUCUAGCCAUACAGGAAAGGAAAAAAGUAUUUGAUCCCCUGCUGAUUUUGAACGUUUGUCCAGUGACAAAGAAAUGAUCAGUAUAUCAUUUUAAUGGUAGGUGUAUUUUAAGUGAGACAGAAUAACAAAAAAAAUCCAGAAAAAGGGACCUGUCCACAGAAGCAAUCAAUCAGAUUCCAAACUCUCCACCAUGGCCAAGACCAAAGAGCUGUCCAAGGAUGUCAGGGACAAGAUUGUAGACCUGCACAAGACUGGAAAGGGCUAAGAGACCAUUGCCCAAGCAGCUUGGUGGGGAUGUUUGUCUGCUAAGGGGACAGCUGCACCACAGCAAAGGGACGAUGGACAGGACCAUGUACCGUCAAAUCUUGGGUGAAAACCUCCUUCCCUCAGCCAGGGCAUUGAAAAUAGGUAAUGGAUGGGUAUUCCAGUAUGACAAUGAACCAAAACACACAGCCGAGGAAACAAAGGAGUGGCUCAAGAAGCACAUUAAGGUCCUCUGGUGGCCUAGCCAGUCUCCAGACCUUAAUCCCAUAGAAAAUCUGUGGAGGGAGCUGAAGGUUUGAGUUGUGAAAUGUCGACCUUGAAACCUUACUGACUUGGAGAGGAUCUGCAAAGAGGAGUGGAACAAAAUUCUUCCUGAGAUGUAUACAAACCUGGUGGCCAACUACAAGAAACGUCUGACCUAUGAUUGCCAGCGAGGGUUUUGUCACCAAGUACUAAGUCGAAGGGGUCAAAUACUUAUUUCACUCAUUGACGUGUAAAAUCAGUUUAUAACUUUUUUGACAUGCGUUUUUCUGGAUUUUUUUUUUUUUUUUUUUAAAUCUCUCUCACUGUCCAUUUCUUUGCCAGUGGGCAAAACUUAAAAUCAGCGCAUCAAAUACUUUUUUCCCUUCACUGUAGCUGUGUGAAACAUUUUGUAUCCCAGCAGUUAAGAGACACAAUUGCAACCCAGAGAAACUGCAAAUAGAUUUUUCAACUCCAUUAAGGUGGAUUAUGCAUCUUUGGUCCCAUUUUCAAAAUAUGGUCAACGCUCUGAAAAAUACUUUUGAAGCAAACUCCUAAAGAGAAGUGCUGUCCUGCAUUAAACAUUCUGCUUGGUGUACUUCACUUUUUAAUGUAGAAAUAAAGAAAAUAAAAGCAGUCCCUUUACUAUGUAGCCUACAUUUAUCUAACUCUUUUCAUCAAAUGUAUUUUACAGAUGCCAUGUGAGUACCUGUCACUGGAUGCAAUGGAAAAGUGGAUCAUUUGUAAGUAUAAGAUUCUCAUUUUACUGUAUAAAUGUUACUUUCAAGAGUAGUGAGCACAGUUGAGAAACCUCACAUUUCAAAUCAAACAUUUUGUUUUUUAUAAAAAUUGGUGUAGAACUCAAAUUAAAUCCAAAAUAAGAGGCAUGUUGUUUAUGUGGUAAGUCCACUGUUAUCAGUGGCAGCUAGUGACGUUUAAAGUUGAUGUUUUGGACUGUACCCGAGUAGUUUGCCUCUGCCUUUCAUUGUACACCUCGCUUCCUGACAUCUUGGACCCACUUAACCCAGCGUACUCCACCUCUGAGCUAAUGAGAUGCCAUGCCUUGUUCAAUGCCAUAGUUACAGAAUUCCAAAUGUUGGUAAAGCAAACCACUUUAACAAUGUGUAAUAAAAAAAUAAAAAAGUGAGAGCUAUUUUGUUCAGUUGUUAAAAAUAAAAAUGUAUGACAACCUUUUUCUGGUUGUAACUGUGUUUGAAGACACUGAUGGACAGCUAGUUAAACACACAACUUAAAACCCGCAGUAUCUGAAUUCUAAUAAUAUGCCUGAAAACGCUGCUUGCUUCACAAUGGUUGCUAUUUAUGUGAACCUGCUGUGCCAGGCUCACUUUAACAGUUAAAGCGAUAUUCCUAGCUUUCACUAUAGUUGGUGAUAAACUGCUUCUGCAGAAGCUGGAUGCCAAUCCCCGCUGGUCAUUCAUUUACAACUGUAAACUGGUUACUCUUAUCCAAUAUAUGAAAAUUGGUGCAUGGAAUAUGCACAGAUUAGACAUUGGCAAGUCUUCUAGGCUAGCUCAUUUUGAUGCUGGAGGGUGUUCUUACACCUCCAGCAACAUUUUUAAAUAUCUGUUUCACACUAAUCUUCAUUCUUUCUCCUUCCUCCAAGCGUGGAGGAAACCCCCUUAAGCAACGAAUGUGUAAUUUAUCAAGGUGAUAAAAUAUGUAAUUAUUAUAUUUUCAAAUUACUAGAAUGUUAGAAUAUUUACUCCCUUUCUAGCAUUGUCAGUAGUACAGAUUCAGACCUUCAACCUGACUUUUUACUAUGUAUACCUCUAUUUGAGAAAAUGUUUCUGAAGAUGACAACAAAAAUAUGCUCCUAUAGUUAUCCAUGAAUUACAGAUUUUUUUAUGUUCUCUCAAAUUCUCAACUGUAGAAACUGAUUUUAUCUUAGAGUCCUCAGUCUGCGUUUGUCCUCAAUGCUGUAAAUAGAAUGUAGCAUCUGAAGGUUAGAUAUUUGGAAAGGAUACAGUUCAGCUCCACAACAAAUCAACCCCCUCAGGAAAAGGGCACUGAUGCGAGGAACAGGAAACAGUGCAUUAGUUACAAAUGUAAAAAGGUCAAUAGAGAGAAGAGGUUUUCAUGAGGAGUGUAAGAUCUAGUUGUACAAUUAGCAGUGAUCUUUUUUUUCAUGAGUUAGAUAUCCGACACACAGUCAAUUAAAAUUGAUUUAAGGCCAUAUAGGGAUAAAUGAAAGAUCUCACUUAUGAUCAAAGGGGCGCAUUCUAACAAUACUACGACCACCAAAUUUACAGUGGUGGGGAAAAAAACUGUCAGUUUUCUGUUUGAAAAGUGCCUGAACAAAUUCGUAAAUCUAUUACAUAACCAACAAAAUGGCUUGCAUUCAAAAAUUGAUGGUUGGGACACAAAAAAAAAAUAAACAGAUGAAUAACUUCUCCAGGUUAAAUAAAUGCACCAAACCAUGCAGAAAAUUAGACUUAAAAGGGACAUGCCAUGCCAUGCCGCAAACAAUUUAUGCUUAUUAGAUUGAGUGUAUGAUUAGAAUUUUGCUAGCGAAUAUAUAGAGGAGAAAAAUAUAUUUAAAUAUGGCGUGCUAAGGCAAUGACUGACAAGAGCAGAAAAGACCUCCCUUCCUCUGCUCUACACCCAUUGCAACCACAGUGUGUCUGCUGUAAUUGCAAAGGAAAGCCCUUAGCCGGCACUUCUCGCGCUGGCUAGAGAGUACUGGAAUGGAGUGAUGUGACGUCACUCCAUUCUGAUCCUGGCAACUAAGCCAGGGUGGCGACGUCACUGAGAAAACUUUGCUUUGGGAUGGGCCCCAAGCAAGGAAAAUCAGAGUUCAAACGGAGCAGAGGACAGCCCAGAGGUGGGUGUUAUAUGAAGCAAUGCUGGAACGGAGGGAAAGUGAGUAAAUCAAUAUAUUUUACACUGAAUACACCAUGUAUCUUAUCUUAUGCAUAUGGGAGCGAUUUCAGGUUAGUAAAAUCACCUGCGUUGCAUAAACUUAAAGCAGGGGUGCCCAAAAUGUAGAUUCCCAGAUGUUGUUGAACACUCCCAUGAUGCUUUGCAUGCCUUUUGAAUGUCUUUCGAAUGACAGUCAUGGAAGCGAUAGUUCUACAACAAGCAUGUCAAACUCGCGGGCCGCCCACAAGGACCAUCUUCGCGGCCUGGCAAACCGCGAGUACAUGCUGGUGUUAUAGCAGAGUAGGCACCUGCUUUUCCCACAUUGCAGGUUCCUACUCUUCUAAAACUUACCUGACCGGGUUCCUGCUCCUCACUUCUCCUUUGUGUGCGCCGUCUGUAGUGAAACCAGGUGCCGGUAUAUGACGUCAUAUUCUGACAUUACUAAACCGCGCGCGGGAGCAAUGAGGAGCAGAUAGAAGGACCCCAGGGAGAUGCGCCACAACUGCUCCAAAAGUUAGGGAGCAUUAUGUGAGAUUAUAUUUUAAUUUCUUCAUCUGCUAUGAUUAACAAAAGGGUUUAUUGUUCCCGAAUGACCAGGUAUCGACAAUCCGUAAAUGUAUAGAUUAAGUGAGUUGGAUCCCAAACCUGGUGAUUAUGCAAUACAAUGGAACUGAUAUAACUCUAGCACUUUGCAUGACCAGAUUUGCACAAGGGCUGCACAUUAUUUCUUUUUUCUAAAUAUACAUUGUUCAUUACCACUCAAGGCUGUCAGAUGAAGUGAAACUUUGUGUUUUGUUUUUAUCACUUGCUAAUAGUGUAUUUUUUUAUUUUCAGUUGGAUUCAUUUUGUGUCAUGGAAUUCUAAACUCGGAUGCCACUGCUUUGAAUCUUUGGAAACUUGCCCUGCAGAGCAGCUCAUGCCUUUCUCUUUACAGAGAUGAAGUUUUCCAUAUCCACAAGGCAGCGGAAGACCUGUUUGUCAACAUUAGAGGGUACAUUAAUGUCAAAACCAAUUAACUCUUAAUAUACUUGCUUUUCAUUUUGGUGCUCACUUGCAUGCACGUACAUUUUAUAUAUAUUGACAGAACUUACUGUCAGAUCUGUCAUUGUUUAAACUACAGGGAGUGCAGAAUUAUUAGGCAAGUUGCAUUUUUGAGGAUUAAUUUUAUUAUUGAACAACCAUGUUCUCAAUGAACCCAAAAAACUCAUUAAUAUCAAAGCUGAAUAUUUUUGGAAGUAGUUUUUAGUUUGUUUUUAGUUUUAGCUAUGUUAGGGGGAUAUCUGUGUGUGCAGGUGACUAUUACUGUGCAUAAUUAUUAGGCAACUUAACAAAAAACAAAUAUAUACCCAUUUCAAUUAUUUAUUAUUACCAGUGAAACCAAUAUAACAUCUCAACAUUCACAAAUAUACAUUUCUGACAUUCAAAAACAAAACAAAAACAAAUCAGUGACCAAUAUAGCCACCUUUCUUUGCAAGGACACUCAAAAGCCUGCCAUCCAUGGAUUCUCAGUGUUUUGAUCUGUUCACCAUCAACAUUGCGUGCAGCAGCAACCACAGCCUCCCAGACACUGUUCAGAGAGGUGUACUGUUUUCCCUCCUUGUAAAUCUCACAUUUGAUGAUGGACCACAGGUUCUCAAUGGGGUUCAGAUCAGGUGAACAAGGAGGCCAUGUCAUUAGAUUUUCUUCUUUUAUACCCUUUCUUGCCAGCCACGCUGUGGAGUACUUGGACGCGUGUGAUGGAGCAUUGUCCUGCAUGAAAAUCAUGUUUUUCUUGAAGGAUGCAGACUUCUUCCUGUACCACUGCUUGAAGAAGGUGUCUUCCAGGAACUGGCAGUAGGACUGGGUGUUGAGCUUGACUCCAUCCUCAACCCGAAAAGGCCCCACAAGCUCAUCUUUGAUGAUACCAGCCCAAACCAGUACUCCACCUCCACCUUGCUGGCGUCUGAGUCGGACUGGAGCUCUCUGCCCUUUACCAAUCCAGCCACGGGCCCAUCCAUCUGGCCCAUCAAGACUCACUCUCAUUUCAUCAGUCCAUAAAACCUUAGAAAAAUCAGUCUUGAGAUAUUUCUUGGCCCAGUCUUGACGUUUCAGCUUGUGUGUCUUGUUCAGUGGUGGUCGUCUUUCAGCCUUUCUUACCUUGGCCAUGUCUCUGAGUAUUGCACACCUUGUGCUUUUGGGCACUCCAGUGAUGUUGCAGCUCUGAAAUAUGGCCAAACUGGUGGCAAGUGGCAUCGUGGCAGCUGCACGCUUGACUUUUCUCAGUUCAUGGGCAGUUAUUUUGCGCCUUGGUUUUUCCACACGCUUCUUGCGACCCUGUUGACUAUUUUGAAUGAAACGCUUGAUUGUUCGAUGAUCACGCUUCAGAAGCCUUGCAAUUUUAAGAGUGCUGCAUCCCUCUGCAAGAUAUCUCACUAUUUUUGACUUUUCUGAGCCUGUCAAGUCCUUCUUUUGCCCCAUUUUGCCAAAGGAAAGGAAGUUGCCUAAUAAUUAUGCACACCUGAUAUAGGGUGUUGAUUUCAUUAGACCACACCCCUUCUCAUUACAGAGAUGCACAUCACCUAAUAUGCUUAAUUGGUAGUAGGCUUUCGAGCCUAUACAGCUUGGAGUAAGACAACAUGCAUAAAGAGGAUGAUGUGGUCAAAAUACUCAUUUGCCUAAUAAUUCUGCACUCCCUGUAGCUAUAUUCCCUGAGCAAUAAUUAUAUGGUCAGGCAUAGCGCUUGUGUACUUUCUACAUCAAAACCAUUACUAUAUUAACACUUUUAAUCUCUGGGGACUCUUUACAGACUUGAAUUGAAGGAUACCCCUACUAAAUGAUAGGUGGGGGCAGUCUAAACUGCUCACUCAAAGUGCAAAGGGAUAUCAUUAAAUGUGAUGAUUAUUUUGGAGGCCUGGAGUUGGCCACUCAUUGUUCACGAAAGGGAGAGAGAAGUUUGUGAACAUUUGAGACCUCUGUAAUCAUGCAUUACCUAAAAUGUGAUUUGAUCUUUGUGGUCAAAGAAUUUUUUAAAGAGAACUUAUUUGAACAAAUAAUGCAUUUUUAUUGUUUAUUCUAAUUUACUGUCGUUUAAGGAGAUAAUUUGAGUUAUUGAUUUUAUGCUUAUUGCACCAUAACCCUCCUCAGCCACUCCUCCCUUUUUUUACAAAACAUCUUUGGGACUGGAAGAAAUGCAGUGUAGCUCAGUCAAUGAAAGAUCAUUGUGAGCUUCACUCGUGAUUUGACUUCACCCCCACAGCCAAUCACCAUUAUCUUAUUGUCUGCCUAGUAUUUCAAGACACCGUGAGGGAAAGGGUUCAGAUGUUAAGAUAGUGACAGGCUGUGGAGCCAAGUCAUGCCAGCAGCUCUGCUUACACUGAUCUCAUAUUUGCUGAGCUGGGUACAUACUCAGGAGAGCCAGAAGCUCUUUGAGCGAAAUGCAGAGGUGCAGGUCUUUGCUCAUAAGCUGAGAGCGAUCAGCUAGCCCUGCAUUGCAUGGCUUAGCUUUGGAGAACUAAUGGAAGCUUUUGUUUAGGAGCUUCUGGCUCUCCAUGGGAAAUAGUGGAGGUGGGUACUGGCUUCCAGUGGACCUCGGAAAAGAAGUUAGAAUAAACUAAAACUGUUUGACUACUUACACUGGGGGGGCCUGGGCACGCCUUUCACCAAAACCAGUGCAACAUGUGGUAGUGUUUGUGGUGCUUGGAGUGUUCUGCUAAGUAAAAUAUGUAAAGCUCAUCCAGAUAUGGGUUCUUAAAAGAUACAAUAUAUACAUAUGUUUAAUGUGGUGUGUUUAAUAUUUUUGCUUCUAAACUUGCAUUAACGUGGUAUUAUAAUGCUUAUGUUUUGUUUAAUUUGUUUUGUUAAGAUUAAAUUGUUGGUUUUUAAAGCCAGCAUAAUUUAGGCAUUGUAAAUUAGUGUUCAAUAUAUUUAGAGAUUUAAAUCUUGCUUUUUCAGUUACAACAAACGAAUAAAUGACAUCCGAGAAUGCAAAGAGACAGCAGUGUCCCAUGCGUAAGUAAUCUCUAGAUUCUUGGAUAAUCAUUUCACUAGUAAUGUAAAGAAUCAAUACAAUGUUAAGCUAGUAUACAUAAUUUUACUGAUUUGUGUUGACCAGUAUUCCACACAUGUAACUUCACAUUUUUUUUAUAUUAAUGAACAGAAAAAAAUGCUUGUUCUAAUUACUGAUACAAAUUAUUUUGCUUCUGUUAAGCUGUUCUCCCAUAAAAUAUAAUUUUAACAUAUUUUUCAUGUACCGUCAUGUUCUCUACGACCUCUCAUAUCUGAUUUUUACAAGCAACAUGUCCACUAGGAUAAAACUAACGUAAAAUUGGUUAUAUAUUUAGUUAUGUAGCAUUAUAAUAAAAUGACUAUUUUUGCUGGAAUAUAAUCUUUCUUGGAUAAAAAAUAACCUUUACAUUGGCAGGACUAUUUAAUGAGCACAACGUGUAGGUUAUGUGUAAAGAAAUAAAACAAAGCGGAUGCAAUCAGAAAAGUAAACUAGAAAAGGAACUGCCAGGAGAAAGCGAUAAGUAAUAAAUGUGGCAAGACUGUCCCGUUAAGGGUAGGUGAGAACUAGAAUUAAAACUUUUUUAAUACAACUUAUAAAAGGUACUAAAUCAGCAAAAAGAAAAGAGAAACGAGAACAGAAAUGACUAUGUACAUUUAUACAAUACAAUUAUCCUGAGUAAUGGCUGGAAUGUCUACUAAGCAGUAGUCAAUAACUUAGCCUUAAAAAGAGAUACAGUAGAAACAUAAAGAGUAUAGGUAGUGUGGAAGUGACUCCUCUAGCCUCGUAAGCUCAGGAUAAAGUGGAGGACCAUCUGUUAAAGUCCAGCGAUAUGUGGUGAAGAAAAAGAUGCAAUUGCUUAGCUCUUUAUCCCAGCCAAACAAAGUAUCCAGUGCUUACUAUGUAGCGGUAGGUAUAGGAGCAGGGAGUGAAGACAAGGAAGGGUACUGGUAGAUGCUGAAUCUGUGCCUUCGAGGGCACCCCUUAACCCAAAGAAAACCUGAACUCCAAAUUAAGGGUAGGGGGACGUCUCUCUCCUUUAUAUAUCCUAAUUUAGGGGUUCUGACAAGCGCAUACCAUUCAGAGACUGUAGUGGCCUUAUCAGAAUCAUGUUGGUAUCCUUCCUUCUAUAUCAGAGGAAAGAUAACUGCUACGACCAUUUUGGUUAAGACUAAUACCAUCCCCAAAUCCAGCAUUUUCAAGCUAUUACCCAUUAGGACAAUUAAGGGGGACGGAGGUGUCCCCAUACCUUCAUUUAGGAGUUCAGGCUUUUUUUGGGGGGGGGGGGGGUUGAGGGGUGCCCUUGAAGGAACAGAUUCAGCAUCUACCAUUACCUUUCCCUGUCGUUCCCCCACCAUAUCGUUACAUAUAAAGUACUGGAUACUUUACUUGGCUGUGACUAGGAGCAAAGUACACAUAUCUUUCUCUUUUCCACAUGUAGCUGGUCUUGGAGGUUUACCAUCUGUAUUUAGGCUAUAACUGCUUUAUUAGAAGUGUUUCAGUAUUCUUCUGUCACUAUCGGAUAUAACAGUCAUUACUAUUUUGGAUAAGUCUAGUACUAUCCCUGAACCCAGCGUUCCUUAGUGAUUGUACAUUAGGAUAUAUAAUGGGGAGGGGGAAGACAUCCCCCUCCCUUUAAUUUGGAGUUCAGGUUUUCUUUGGGUAAAGGGUGCCCUUAACCCGGCACAGACAGUACCCUUCCUUGUCUUCAAUCCCUGCUCCUAUAUCUAUCGCUACAUAGUAAGCAAUGGAUACUUUGUUUGGCUGGGACUCCACUUUAACUUGAGCUUACGAGACUAGAGGAGACACUUCCACACUACCUGUACUUUGUUUCUACUGUAGCUCUCCUUUAGGCGAAGUUAUCAGACUACUGCUUAGUAGACAUUCCAGCCAUUUCUCAGGAUAAUUGUACUGUAGAAAUUUACAUAGUCAUUUCUGUUCUUGUUUUUCUUUUCUUUUUGGUGAUUUAGUACCUUUUAUACAUUGUAUUAAAAGUUAAGUUUUAAUUCUAGUUCUCACCUACCAUUAACUGGAUAGCCGUGACACACUUAUUGCUUUCUCCUGGCAGUUCCUUUUCUAGUUUAAGUUUAUAGUGACUCGUCUCACUAGGGGUUACCCCCCAAACAGGAGGUUAACAAUUUAAUUAUCUUUCCCGCUCUCAUUGCCAAUCAGAAAAGUAAGAUUUGGCAAAAUAACAUAAUUUUUACAACGUUUCUACUGUGUUCCUUACAGGGGUGCAACACACAGGGAACGGCGCAAGUUCUUAAGAUCUGCUCUGAAGGAACUUGCAACUGUCCUUUCUGAUCAGCCUGGAUUACUGGGACCAAAGGUAAGUGAUUCACAGAACUCCAUUUGCAUAAUGUAAGUAUGGCCAAAAGUAUGUGGACAACUGACCAUCAUACCUAUAUAAACUUGUUGGACAUUACCUUCCAAAACCAUGAGCAUUGAUAUGAAGCUACUCCAUAGCCAUAUAGCUUUUUAGCUAUAACAGCUGCCACUCUUCUGGGAAGCUUUCUACAAAAAUUUGCAUUGUCUGUGGGAAUUUGCGUAUAUUCAAGGGACAAUUGGCACAUAUAUGUGGACAUGCACUUAUGUUGCAUGAGAAGGUCUGCAAUGCAGUCAGCAUUCUAGUUUAUUCCAACGGUGUUAAUUUGUGAGGUUGAAGUUAGUUCUGUGCAGGCCACUCAAGUUCUUCCACACCAAACUUGUCAGACAAUGUCUACGUUGACCUCAGUUUGUGCACAGGGACACAGUUGUGCUGGUACAGAAUAAGGUCUUCUUCAAACAGUUCCCACAGAGUUAGAAGCAGCCAAAUGUCUAAAAUAUAAUGCAUUAAGGAGCCCAAACACUGAAAAACAGUCCCUAACUGUUUUCCUGUAAGCAGUGGGUGAUGCUGAAACACCUGAACUCAAUAAUUAGUAGGGAGGUCCAUAUAUGUUUGGCCAUGCCAUGUGUUUUUCUGUUUCUUAUGUAGUUAUUGCACAACAGCUACAUUUGAGCUUGUUUACCCCUUUUUGUCCUGGGAAGUUAGCACACCUGCUAUUAACCUAUGGCAUUUAAUUUACAUGUCACUCAAAAUGUUGUAUAUUGGAUACAUGCAUAUUAAGUGUUGCGAAAAAAAAUCUUCUUUAUUUUUUGCGUUUUCAAGCUUAAAGACUGCAUAAUGCAAAACAAAUAAAGAACAGUGAUCCAAGUUGUGUGUGAAAAAGAUAGCAAACAUUUUGUCUCAUCAAUUAUAUAUUGUAUAAAUAUAUUUUCCUUGUUCCCACAGUUAUAGAGUAGUAAUGCAUAUUACUCUGUGUAGUCAUCUGAUUAGACUUUGUAAAACGUAUUUUAUUGUUGCUUGAACUGUAUUCAUAAAUAUAUAAAAGUGAGCAAGCUUAUUUAUCUAUAUGUAAUGGUAUUCUAUAAAUAUGUACUCUACCAUGUGUGUAGAUGGCCUGGACAAAAUGUUUUGCAUAUGUUGAAUCCUCCCAGUUGACGAUCUACCACUCCCACAAUUCUCUACCUCUAGUAAAUCCUCAUGUCGUUGUGAAUGGGUGUAGUGUUUGUAAUGCAUUACUUCCAUACAAUUUGGGAAAGGCUAUCUUUUAAAUAUGUUUAUAUUAAUGUGGUGUUUGUAGAGAGAGUCUGUUUUUUUUUUUACUGUGGUGUUUUCAGUGUCCACAGCAUAGCAAAUUACAGUAGAAACACAGCUUAUGCAAGAGUGUGUUCCAUGAUGUGAGUAAACUUUAAAGGACCACUAUAGUGCCCUGAGGGUGCCUCCCGCCGGGCUCUAGGGUGAGGAAGGGGUUAAAAUCUUACCUUUCUCCAGCACCAGGCGGGGAGCUCUUCUCCUCCUCCUCCUCUUCUUCUCCUCCUCUUCUGCUGAAUGCGCAUGAGCGGCAGGAGCUGCGCGUGCAUUCAGCCAGUCUCAUAGGAAAGCAUUCAUAAUGCUUUCCUAUGGACUCUGACGUCUUCUCACUGUGAUUUUUCACAGCGAGAAGCACUCAAACGCCUCCAGCGGCUGUCAAUGAGACAGUCUCUAGAGGCUUUAGAGGCUGGAUUAACUUAUUUAUAAAAAUAGCAGUUUCUCUGAAACUGCAAUGCUUGUAGAAAAAAAAAAAAAAAAAAAGGGGGUUAACCCUAGCUGGACCAGGCACCCAGACCAUUUCAUUAAGCUGAAGUGGUCUGGGUGCCUAUAGUGGUCCUUUAAUAUGCAAUAGAUAACCCCAAAUUCUUAGUUAAUUUGUUAAAUGUAUUUUUGUGGUGCUGUAGAUUGUAGUGGAGACUCACUCACUUUUCUGUCCUAUAUACAAACAUUGCGCACACAAGGCAAUACAAAAAUAAAAACUUUUUUUUGUGAUUAUUAAUCAAAUCAAUGAUGUGAUUAACAAAGCAUAUAAAGCCCCAUUACUAUGUACUACCUGGCUUUUAUGUCUAAAAGAAUUAGAUUAUUCUGGUGAAACAUGGAUGUUCAAAUAAUAGUCCUAAUAGCACCACGCAGGCUUUGGAAAUGGAGGCUCUUUGGAUUCCUAUUCUUCUACAGAUGUCAUUUUUCAACAAUCAAAGGCUUACCAUUCAUAUAACUUCCACAAGGAAACAUUUGUUAGCACAUGAUCUGUAUAACUGGAAGCAGAAUAAAGAGGCUUUAGGAAAAACUGAAAGUCGACAUGGAUUAAUCUCUUAAACCCCUAGUUAGAGCACUUUCUCUCCAUAAAAACAUAUCGGUUGCCAGAUAAAAUAAAACCCUGUGCCAGUGACUGAGUGGUGUCCAAUAAUGAAGAAUCUGCACACAGAUGAUGUGACUUUCAGAUAAAAAAUAAUCUCUCCGUUUCUUUUUAGGCUCUUUUCGUGUUCAUGGCAUUAUCGUUUGCCCGCGAUGAAAUUAUUUGGUUGCUCCGUCACGCUGAUAAUAUCCCAAAAAAGGUUGCGGAUGAUUUCAUGGAUAAGUAUGUUAAACUUUCUUUUUCUGGGUGAAAAUAUGUAAAAUGUUAAUACCUUUAACUCCAAGCUGGAAUUAUAACAUUAUCCUUAGUGGCAGUCUUAAAGGACCACUAUAGUGCCAGGCAAACAUACCCAGGCUCUGCGGGGAGGAAGGUGUUAAACUUACCUCUUUCUCCAGCGCCGGGCGGGGAGCUCUCCUCCUCUUUGGCUGAAUGCGCAUGCGCGGCAAGAGCUGCGCGUGCAUUCAGCCAGUCCAUAGGAAAGCAUUCACAAUGCUUUCCUAUGGACGCUGGCAUCUUCUCACUGUGAAAAUCACAGUGAGAAGCGCGGAAGCCCUCUAGCGGCUGUCAAUGAGACAGCCACUAGAGGCUGGAUUAACCCUAAUAUAAAAAUAGCAGUUUCUCUGAAACUGCUAUGUAUAUAGAAAAAAGGGUUAACCCUGGCUGGACCUGGCACCCAGACCACUUCAUUAAGCUGAAGUGGUCUGGGUGCCUAUAGUGGUCCUUUAAGAGUCUAGCUGUUUUUUUUUUGUUUUUUUUUUUCAAGAAUGAAGUGCCAUGUUUAUCAGAUGAGUUCUUACAUAUUGGAAAGCAUCUGGUCACAUGACAGUAUGUUGGGAUUUGAGCUGCAAAUGUUUAAAUUUAGAAAGUUACUCCAAGCACCAUGACCACUUCAGUGAUUAAAGUCUGCAAGUACAGUGCUUUGCUUUCAAACACUGCUCAUGUGGAGGUAAACCCCUCUGCUGCCAGUGUCAUUGGACUGGAAUAAUGGUUCUUGGCUGGCUAAUAUCAAUUCUGUACAUAUUUCUAUUUUCCAAUUGAAUUAAUUGGCUGAGAGGUCAGCUGAUGCUCGCAGCCAGUAAUGGCUGCAGAAGCCAUGUGUGUGUCACUGGAGCAGGGAGGACCUGUGCGCCCAGCUGGUACCCAGGUUACAAUGCAAACUGUUGCAAAAUGGUUUGCCCCAUUACCUGGAAACUGGGCCACGAUACUCCUUGCAUCAUAACCACUACAGCAAGCUGUAGUGUUUAUGAUACUUGGAGUAACCCAAUUAAAGGAACACUCCAAGCACCGUGUCCAUUUCAGUACUUUCUAACGUUCUAGGCUUGCUCGUUGGCUGAUAGAAUCGGCUGAUGACUUUUGGACAGUGAGCUAAGCCUUAUAGCACCAAGUAUAGGCCAGACUGAGAACUUCUCUUAUUGAGACUUUAUUGUAGUCAGGGCGCGACACCUGGUGGACACCAUUUGAGAAGUUAACUUAUUUUAAGUGUCAUAAUGUUAUGGUCAUUUAAAAUGAACGUUUAAUGACCAGAAGACUGUUAUUUUGUAAAAUGCUAUGUGUAUCUUUACGGUGAUCUUGGCAAAUGCAUACUUUAAUAUUUGUGAUUUUAAAUCUGUCAAGUUGUAAUUGUAUUAACAGACGCAAAGUAAUUUAGUGCUGCAGGCUCCUGUAGGAUAAUCGAUCAUGGCAGAUUAAAAAUAUUAUAACAUGUAAACUGUAAUGCAUAUAUAAAAGGGGAACAGAGCAGAGACCAGAGCAUUUAGUGCAGUGAUUACAAAUGGCCAGACAGGGAAAUAUCUGAAACUAAGACUAUCAUGUUCAGUGUAUAAAUAGCCUUUUAUCAAAUUGAAUACUUUUCCCAUUAGGAUAACUUAUCUCAUUUAGUACACUCUCUUGACUUCUUUUUUUGUAAAGGCACAUUGCAGAACUUAUAUUUUACAUGGAAGAACUCCGAGCACAUGUACGAAAAUACGGACCAGUGAUGCAGAGAUACUAUGUACAGUAUUUGUCUGGCUUUGAUGCAGUAGUUCUGAAUGAACUUGUUCAGGUAAAUCUUGGAUUCCAGAUAAAUACUCUGAAAACCUAAUUGAAAACAUUUCUUCUAGUUGUUUAGAGGUUCCUUUAUCCUAUUGAUUUGUUAUCCCGGAGAUUUAAAGGUGUACAGCAGUUUCAGAUUUAUUUUGGGAAUAGAGCAACCUGUAGAACAAAUUGAUGAAGACCACACCAAAAUCUUAGGGUAGAAUCAUUAAGGUGCUUUGGCAAUAGGUUACAAACACUCAUCAAGAGAGAUAUUGCUAUGUCUUGAUGAGUCUGUCAGGGGUAGGAAACCUUUAGCUCUCCAAAUGUUGUGGACUACAUCUUCCCUGAUGUUUUGCCAGCAUUAUUUUGAAAACAUGUUUUUAAGACACACAUGCUGGCUUAUCCUUUAAUUAGUAGUUUAUCCCAGUCUUUGAGUCCAGUGUACUUUUAUUUAACCAUUUAGUGCCAGUGAGAAAUUGUAAUUUCUGCAAUUACCUUAUGGUGCUUUUGGGAUUGUGCUGCAAUUAAUUUUUGCCACUUUUUCUGCAUUAAUGUUUUUUACAGUCUUGGAACCCAGUGGUAAUUUUUAUUUUCUUUUUUUCUUUCCCAAAUUUGAUAAAGUACACUAGAGGGAGCUCUAAUAUUGUGUUUAGCAUAAAAAUCAAACUCCUCCCAGCCUGAAUAAGUCUGUUACUGCAGGUAUAGAAGAUAAUUAGUGCAUGGAAUAAGCUGUCCUCUUGAGUUUGGUGACUUCUUUAAGAAGCUUUACAUAUGUAAGAAAUAUAUACAAUUCAUAGGUUCUCAUUUUCUUGUUUUAUAAUUAUAAAUGACAGGCAUUUUCUUUGAGGAAACAGUCAUUUUUAAAUAUUAUGUCUUUCCAGAAUCUCUCUGUCUGCCCAGAAGAUGAGUCUAUCAUCAUGUCAUCUUUUGUGAACACUAUGACCUCCCUGAGUGUAAAACAGGGUGAGAAAUUAACAUCAGUUUGCAUUUUUCUGCCUUCAGUGUUAAACCAUUUCUUCCUAACAUUUAGUGGUGGAGAACCAAUUGUUACCACGUCUUCUGGAUCAGUAUUAUUAAUUUGUGAAGCUCACCUCUGGUUCAUCUUUGCUCUGUUCUUAAUCAAAGUGCCUCGCAUCUUGAUAACUGAGUGAGCGUUUCAAUUACUGUGUACCUGGACUGUAUCCUCCACCAGUCUGGGCUGUAAGAGUAGUCCAUGCGUCACAGCAGGGCUCAGAAUUUCCACUCUUCUAAAAUUAAUUGGCAUAUUUGAAACACAGCCUUGAUAAAUGCACAGUACACCUCAUUACCUUUGACGAUCAUCAGUACUAUUUGAAAGCAGCAGUUUUUUUAGCAGUGGCUACACUAAACCAAAGAUAAGCACCAAAUUUUUAUGUAUGUUUGCUGUACAGACUGUAGAAAUCUGGCCAUCUAAUGCCAGUCAACUCAUAUUGGAAAAUAGCAAAUGAUACUCUUCCAAUUCCCAGAGAUCACCUGGUAGGUGCUGCUUCCACUGAAGAUUAACCUUUCGCUAUCGAUAGUAGAAUGGAAGUUUAUUUUUACCCUGCGUACCAGAAAAAUAUUAUUGUCCCUUUUGGUCAUCAUAAGAACGUCAAGGUUUCCAUGAACAGGUCCCCAGCAGGAUAGUAUAGAGUUGAUGGAAAGUGAGCCAACCCAUCCAUUUUUCCUCCUCUGGCAAUUGAAUAGUCAUCACACAAAUCUCUCCAUGUCUUUGCUUUUAGUUCAGAGGGUUGUUUGCUCUGUUGGAUCUUCCACCUGGCUUUUUCAUACGUUUCCUCCAUUCAGACACUUUUAAUCUGUUGGUGACGUAUCCCAUCUUUAUUUUGACUUGGGAUUGAUUUUUGGGUAUCUGACAUGCUCAAACUUGAGGUAAACUUUGUUCUGUUCGCCUGUCCCAAUCUCUCUUCUUCUCUUUAUAUCCACAUACAGUCUGACAAUGUCCCUGCAGAAUGGCAUAUACAAAAUAUCUACAGAGAUAUACUGAAAGAAAAAGCUAAAUUCCCAUAGUGUUACUGUAGAUUGUAUUAUUAGUUCUUAAUUUGCAGUCUAUAAUAUAGCGCUAUACUUUCCCCCCCUCAUCUUUCUCUAUCUCUGUAGAUACUUUUGUGCCCCAUUUCAUAUAUCAUACUUCCUAGAGGGAAGUUCUGAGAAUAUUAAGACUUUGCCAUAAUAAUGGUGGAGUAAAUAGCAUUUUAUAGAUUUUUUUUAAAAGAUAAAUUUAACGUGAUUUUGUUUUUAAGUAUAUAUAUUUUCAUGUUUUAAUUUGUGCCAACGUAUAAUUGUAUUUAACUGUUGAAAAUGCAUAAAUUUACCAGAUGUCUUUCACUGUCACAAUUACACCUGCAAGGAAUAUGGUUUUGCAAGAUUAUACUUGCUAUCCCUUAACUCAUGUAUGGAGUUUGAGUGUUGAAGCAAUGAAGGCUGGAUCCUCCAUUGGUUAAAUGCCUUUGUUUUAUUUUACAAUGCAUUAUAAGAUCUUUAUCUAGAAGGCUUUACAUAGAUUAGUAAUGUGUUGGCAUACAUUAAAGGGACAUUAAAGGCACCCAGACAACAUUGUUUUAUUGAAGUGGUCUGGGUGCAGUGUCCCUGUCUCCUUAACCCUGCCAUUUUUACAUUGCCGGGUUAAAAAAACACUCCGGGCAGCAUAACAACUUCAUCAAAAUGAAGUUACUCUGCCAGGAGGUCCCUGGAGCUAGCUCAUUUUAAAGAGUUAAAUCAUUCUCGAACAGUUAAACCCUAAAGUCUGUGUCCCAGCGCCAAAUCUUUCUGCCUCUGUCCAUCUGUUUACUUAAAAUCCUGCAGGAUUGUAAUGGGGGAAAAUUUAUUUAUUUAUUUUUUUUUUAUUGAGAGGCCAGAGGGAUACUAGUGUUCGGGAUGCAGCUUUGUAUUCAUAACACUAUAGUGUCUCUUUAAAUUUUUCUGUCCGGCAACAAAAAAGUUACUAUUACAAGUGGAUAUGUAAAUUUGGAUCAUUUUGUCUCCUAUUCUGUUUCUAUGUUGUACAGCAGAGUACCACCAUUCAAGCAGGGAAAUUAUUACAUAAAGUCAAAAAAAUGUAAGCAGCACUCGUCAUUUAAAUGUUUGUGCUUUGUUUUCAGUGGAAGAUGGCGAGGUUUUUGACUUCAGAGGAAUGAGAUUGGAUUGGUUUCGGUUGCAGGUAAUUUUUACCCAUUUAGGGAUGGUUCCAAAUAUUGCUGUGGUUUUUCUUUAAAAUGAGUUAUAUUCAGUUAUGAGUACACUUGCAUUAUUCGUACGUUAGUGCAUUGUAAAUGUGAUAUAAUUACUGUAUAUUUAACCAUUUCAGAAUAAACUGCAAACCUUAUUGUCAUCACAAUCUGGUCAUUAGAACUGUGCUUUUCAACUACUGUGCCAUUAAACAAUUGUGCGCUUCGAGCCACAUCAAAAAUUGAACGCAAUACUUAAAAUGUUGGAGUAGUGUGAGAGGGUUUCACAAGGUUCCCCUAGUGAACCUUUGAGACCUUGCUUCAAGCUUCCAAGUCUGUAACCAGUCACAUUUUUCAUAAACACCUGUGGUGUUUCUAUGGUUACAGCUGGAAGUCUUAAACUUUCUCAUGUUUUGGAGUUCCUUCUGGUUUGCUUGGAUAAGUGGCCCCAAGUACCUUAAAGGAUCAGAUUUUUGGUUCAGAUGGUGCUGUUCGACUGUAUGUUUAAUCCACGUCUGAGUGUCCAGACCAUUGUGCAGGCUCUGGUAUGGAUCAAACCAGUGUUGUGGCCUGCGACUCCUGCUUGUAGUCUGAGUGUGGUGUUCAAGGUGGUGCAGUAUGUCCAUCUUUGAACUAUGCAUUAAUCUGGUUUUCAAUUGUUGUUGUGGAAGGUGCCUCUGCCAGGAAGGCAUUUCAGCUCUAUUGCAAUCCCCUCUACUGUUUUUUUCCAUGCAGUCCUGAAGACUUAUUGCUUUUUGCUAAAGGGGGUUUUCUCCACUAAUAUGAAUCAGGAUAUUGAUGUCCUCUCAUCUUGUCUUCCUUCUAUGAAUGAAUAGGAAAGAGUUUGAAUUAUCUGGAUGUUACUAAUUUCCUCGAGUACUAUGCUGAGGCCUUUAGGCCCUUUAGAAAGUGUUCUUCCUUGUUUAAUUUUUUUGGAUCCGGUUUGGUUUAAAAGGCGUCAGUCAUAAUUUGUCUUUUGGCCUGAAGUCCAUCAUCCAGAAAGUGCAUUUCUUGGCUAACAAACCUCCCCUGGACUGUUACCAUUGCUUUUGUCAGUAAGGUGUUUGUGGUAGUUGUUCGCUUAGUCACAGUCACUCCCAACCCAAGGUGUUGAGAUGGCCACAUGCUUUGCUCAAAUGUACCAAGUAUAGCCAAUGGUGAGUGAAAAUUUAGUCCUUGGGAGUAGAAAUUCACCCCUGGAGUAUUAGAUGGGUCAUCCAGUCUUGCAAUGGCGAGUAACUUUUAAACUCUGGCUUGUAGCGAAGGACUUUACAUUUUUAAGCCCUCUGUAUACAAGUAUACAAUUCCAUAUGUGAUGGUCUAUCACCAUCCAAAGGGGAAAGGGGGGGUGAGUAAACAAAAUGUACCUGACUGAUUUUCUUCUGAAUAGUGAAUGCUUGCCCUUUAUUGGCUGCCGGUGCCUUGUUUGUCCUUUAGAUACCCUACUCAGCUUACUGUUUUUAACUGCUUUUGCUCCUCCUAUACUUGACAAUAUGUAAAAUUGAGAAUACCUUUGGAGGGCCUAGAGGGGGAGCAGUGUGCUGAAGUGUUGCAUUAUGGGUGUUCCUACCUCAUCUGGUUCAGAGAGCCUUUAUCCCAUAUGUCACCACUCAUGGGCUCUUACCAUGAAAUGCAAUUGUCAGGUAAGAUAUUGAUUCUAUUUAUUUAUUUAUAUAGCGCAACACUUUGUUUUACAAGCAAGACUUUAGAAAGCCAGCCAGAAAUGGAAUCGGAGAUCUGUUGGCUGAAAUCUGAAUGUAAGAAUUGUACAAACAUCUGUGCAACAGUAGCUGAAUAGCACUUUGUCUGGUCUGACCUGAGAAUGCUUUGAUGAGUGUAGAAUGGCUUCUGCUUGUAUUAUUUUUGGCUUCAAAUCUACAAGGCUGCUCAACAAAAUGCAUUAUAGUUUCAAGGCAAAAAAACCCUACAAGCUGUCUUUUCUCAGCCUUCUUUCAAGGAGGGGAAAAAAUAAACCUCUUUAAAGUCAAGAUAUUUGGGUAGUUUGUCUUUGUUUUGAAAUAAUGGUAAAACCAUGCUUCAAAAGAUGUGCUGACAAACUCGAACAUCCCACUAGCAUUGAGUCAUGGAAAUCUGCACAGAGUAUUUUAACAGAUCCCUAACUGCUCAAAAUGAAAUACUUGGGCUCUUAAGCUUUGGAAUUUUCAUCAGAAGUUUCUGCCAAAUGUUUUUUUAAGCUGUUUUUCCUUUAGGUUUUUUUUUUAUACCCCUUCUUUCUUGAGACUCUUUGCUUUAUGUUUAGAACAAUGGUACUUUAAUCCUAUGAGAUUCAAAUAUCACGGCUGCUCUGUUGGUUACAGAAAGUCUUGAAUAACGUUUACUGUGGCAGCCAUUGCAUUAUAGGGUUGUUUUUUUUAAGGCAUUGAUAAAAAGGGAGAUUAUACUGCAAAUACAAAUGUGGGUAUGUGUGUGUGUGUGUAAUAUUAUGAUAUCGAUCUAUAGCUAUAAAGAGAGAGUAUGUUUGUAUUGGCCACUCCAAACUAAUCAGACAAUGUCUUCAUGGAUCUUGCUUUGUGCACAAUGGCACUGUCAUGCUCAAAUACGAAACGGACAUUCCCAAAUUGGGCCACAAACUUUGAAGCACCCUAUAUAUGUAUAUGUCGGUAUAUCCUGUAGCAUUAAGGUGACCAUUCAGUGGAAACAAGGCCAGCCAAAACAUUGAAAAACAUACCUAAACCAUUAUUUCUUCUCCACCAAAAUGUACAGAAGGCCCUGUGUAUUCCGGUCGUAUUCUCUUGGCAUCUGCCACACCCAGGUUCUUUUACUAGACUGCCAUAUAGUAAAACAGUCAUUACUCCAGAGAACUCGUUUCCACUUCUCUAGAGUUUGGUUGUGUCUUGUUUAAAGUCACUAAGCACGGAACUUUAGUGCAACCCAUUGUACGUCCAAUAUUUGUCUAUAGAACUUUUGUGGCUAUGUGCUGGAUAUAUAUUUAUAUUGUAUUUGUUUUUGCAAUGCUUAUUGCUUUUUUUUUCUGUCAUUGCUAUAGGCCUAUACCAGUGUUUCCAAAGCUUCACUGAGUCUAGCUGACCAUAGGGAACUUGGGAAGAUGAUGAACACUAUAAUAUUCCAUACUAAAAUGGUAGAUUCCUUAGUGGAAAUGUUGGUGGAAACGUCAGAUCUCUCGAUUUUCUGGUGAGCAUUUCUACAUCUGUAUUUUAUUAAAACACAUUAGUUGAACAUUUAUUGGCUUUAACAACUUUAUCACUCCCAACUACUUUGUCCACCCUCUUAUAAGGACCUUUAUUGAACAGUGGCAGCUUUAAAGAGUAACACCACAGUAAAUGACUGUAGAACCACGAGGUAAACAGAUAUUACUAUCCCUUUAAGUAUAGAGGGUUUCAGUAUACUGAAUGGUUCCUAUUGGAACAUUUAAGGGUCUGGCCAAUUUCUCUAGGAAAUGUAUUGAAGUGUAGGUUUAUGACCAAUUGUAGAUCCUGACACAUUACUAAAUGGUGACUAAUUUAUUCAUCACCAAUGUGGGUUGCUUGUCUCGCUGUUCAGAGAAUUUGAGCAUUACAUAAAGAUAAAAUGAUCAUAUAAAGACUGUGUUGGAAUUUCAUCCAACUUACAAUGCGGUUAAGAUAUAAGAAAUAAUAGGAAUAACUUAGUCUUACAGUACAUCCUCAACGUGACAAUACUUGACAAAAGGUGGUGGUGCGCUGCCAAGUUUUGACAUUCCCCACAGCCAAUGGAAUAAGACAUUAUCUCACUAUUUGCACGAUAUCUGUGGAGGCUGCUGUGGGAUCCUCCAUAGACUUCAGUGUUGUACUCUUUCAUGUGCAAGAGUACAGCACUGGUGUGAGCUCCUGGCGCCAGAUGCUGAAGAUGACCGCACCUGCAGGGGGGACGCAUUAGGUUAGUAUAACACACCUGCACAACUCUCCUAGCCUGCUGUAUACCAUCCAGGAAUGUCACAAUCUGGGAUCUCUGCAAAAAAUAUGAGAAGACCCCAGAAGGUGACAGAUUCUAUAAAAAUAGAGUAUAAACAUUAAAGGUCUCUGAUCUAAUAAUGGAAUUCCAUCACUAUUCACGGUAGUUAAACAUAAAUAGCCUCAUUCAUCUGAGUUAGGUGAAAACCACAACACAUUCUGGCACUGAAAGGUUAAAUGUGAGUGUUGUUCUGUUCAUAGCACAUGUUAACUUCUUUAUUAAGGUUUGAAGAUUUUUUUUUUUUUCUUUAGCAGUGAUAAAUAUAGCAAAAAUCACAAAAUUAAAUCAUAAUAUUGCUGCUACAUAACUUCUGAGAGGCCACCGUAUACUCAUUUGUACAUUCUUAAUUCUAUAAACUUUAGGCCAAAGGUAUUUUUCAAUGAAGCUGGUGGUAAUUUUCAAGUCUUGGUUCCCUCGAUUUUGAAUUUAUCUCCCUCCACAUAAUGUGCAUCAUGUGUAUCAUUGUUUUUCUUUCCAUAGCUUUUACAGUCGAGCGUUUGAGAAGAUGUUUCAACAGUGUUUGGAGCUGCCUUCCCAGUCAAGAUACUCCAUCUCAUUCCCACUAAUUUGCACUCAUUUUAUGAGCUGCACUCAUGAGCUUUGUCCCGAGGAGGUAUGUUGUGUGAAUGCUUUCUCUAUUUGGACAUCUGGCGCAGUAGUGUGAGUCCAUGCAUCAAAGUUGCACCCACUUAUGUGAAUUUUUUUAUAUCAUCACUGGCCUCAUACAAAAAAGCAUUUCUUCUCUAUAUGAAGUAUUAGAAUGACAAUCAGAAUUACAUCUACCUGUAUUAAACAGUUCUGUGCGUACUCACAUGGGUCUGAUCAAAGGGAAUAGUUGGUCUUUCAUACAUGCCCCUGGGAAGGUGCCUACAAGUCCUAAAGACCGUUUGAGCUUGGAAACACUGGAUGUGAAAUAUGGACAAUCUUGUAAUCAAACAUGGAAGGCUUUAAUGUUGCAUUCUUAAAGUGUGUGUGUGUAUAGAUAUAUCUCAAAGUGUUUUUACUGCAAAACUAUUGCAGAUUAGGCAGAACUGCAAGGGUAAGAUCUUUCCACCAUAACCACACUGAACGGUGAAGUAUGUGUUUAUUUUUGUUCACAGCGACAUCACAUUGGAGAUCGAAGUCUCUCGCUAUGUAACAUGUUUUUAGAUGAAAUGGCAAAACAAGCUCGAAAUCUUAUCACGGAUAUCUGCACAGAACAGUGUACACUUAGUGACCAGGUAAUUUCAGAUUUCUCUAAUUUAUAGAUUUCAUUUUAUUUUUUUCCUCCUUUUAAUUGUUCCUAAAAUGGGAUAAAAAUAUGUAGGGCAAAUCAGAUGCCUAGCUAAACAUGAAGAGCUGUCAUGUUUUUCUUCUCCUGCAGUUGUUGCCAAAGCACUGUGCCAAAACGAUCAGUCAAGCUGUUAAUAAAAAGUCAAAAAAGCAGACUGGAAAGAAGGGAGAACCUGAGCGGGAAAAGCCUGGAGUGGAGAGCAUGAGAAAGAAUAGGCUUGUGGUAACAAAGUAAGAUUUCUGUUCCCAUAUUGUGUGUGGAUAAACUUUGUCCUAAUGUUCUGUUCUAUCAGUGGAUACCUAGGUAUGAUACAAACCGAAAUGUGUUUAAGCUAACCAAAGGUUUACUUUUAGAAACCUUUGUGAUCUCAGUUAAACAUUUUGUGCCAUUAUAAUUGUAUUUUCUAGUAAAGGUUUGAUGUAUGCCGUUUGCGUCUUCUAUGAGAUUUAGUUCUUGGUUGAAACCUUUGUUUUAAUAACCCCUGGCUAUCAAAGGGUUUAAACUAACAAAAAAAUCUUAUUUACCACUUAGUCUCGGCGUCGGCUUCCUCUCCGCCUUCUCUGACGUCAUCACGAGCGGUAACCAAAUGCGCAUGCAUUAGGCCUUCCCCAUAGGAAAGCAUUGAAAUAACUUUUUCCUCUGUGGAUUUAGAAGACAGUGGACAUCCUCAUGCAAAGCGUGAGGACAUCCAAAGUCGUUUCAUGGAGUUAAACUCUGUGAAACCGCAGGAAGCGCUUCUAGUGGCUGUCUGGUAGACAGACAACCACUAGAGGCAGUCUUAACCCUGUAGUGAAUACAUUCCAGUUUCUCUAAAACUGCAAUGUUUUCAGCUGCAGGGUUAUUGGGACAGGGACACUGCACCCAGAUCACUAAAAUGAGAUUAAGUGGACCGGUUGCAUAUACUGUCACUUUAAAUCUUUUGAAACUGAUAAAGUAGUAUUUUAUUUUAUUUUUUCUUCAUUUUCCAUUGUUCUGUUUAAUGUCUUUGGUUUAUCUUCUGAAUGCACUGAUAUAUAUUUUAGUAACAAGCUAAAAGACUAAUUUUUCAUGGUCCAUCACAGACUAUUUUUAUGGUAGCCGUUCAUAAUGGCAGUGCACUGCAUUCCUUAGUGAGUGUUUGAUGAAUGCUGAUGAAAUAAAAUCAUUCAUUGUGUCCAAUAUUAGACAUUUAUGCUUGAAGCCACACAUAAUAAAAAUAUAUAUAUAUUUUAAAUGAAAUUCUUUAGGAGACUAGGCAUAUCAAGUGACAAUGCAUAAUUACAGGCUAUGUAAAAGUAGCACUUGACGACAUUUAACACGGUUUUUGGAUUGAAAGCAAAAGGGGGCAACGAAGCAGUUUAAAAAACAUUUCUUAAAGGACACCUGACAUGGCCAUUGUAAUUCAGCUUUACCUUUAAACACAUCCCUAAAUGUUGCACAUUUUUUAAAUUCGUAACAAAUAAAUAUAUUUUGCAAAAUUCAGCUGUUAAAGGGCAAUCCAACUACUGUAAUUACUGCAACUCAUUUUGGUAUUUGUUUAUGACACCGAAAAUCUGAGCGUUUUCCCCUAGUUUUUUUUUUUUUUUUUUCUCCAAACAUUUUCAAUUGCUUUGACCAAAAAAUGAGGUUCUCAUGGCACAUAAAAUACAGCCCCAUCUCUGUGCCUUAGGUAAUGCAGAAGUGCAUUUUAGUUAAACAGGGUGAAACAUAGGUUUUACCCGAAGUUUAUUUGAAGAAUUAAACAUUGGCAAAAAAAAAAAAUAUACAAAAUAAUAUGCUUAGUGAGUCAAGAGCAUAUCUUUCUGGUAUAUGGGAACUGAUCUUACCCCAACUUUCCCUGUUCAGGGGAUUAUUAGAUGAACAGUUUUCUCCAAUCGUCACACAGGAGGAUUGGAACUGCUCAAUAAACGGAUAGCAGCCAUUCCAUGGUUUGUCAGUAUAUACGUAGCCCUGCAGUUUAGUAGUCUGAAAAGUAGUGAACUGUCCAUGAACGCAUGCACAGUAAGGAGGAUAUUGAAACCAGGUUUUACUAUUGGAUUAGAUCUGUGCAGUUAUGGUUAUUCACUUAAGUGUGAAUUGUUUGUAAUUAAUUGUUUUGUUUUUGUUUUUUCAAACUGAAUUUCAAGGUUUAGGCCAAAAAUCCAAGUUGACUUUAAUAUAUAACACACUUUAGUAUACAACUUUAGUUGUAUAGUUUCUCCAUUUAUAAGUUUGGGUCAGAAUUCUGUAAGCACGUAAUCCGGUUGUGAGGCUGAUGACACUUUUCAUUCUGAAUUCAAACUGCUAUAUUAAAGUGGAUUGCAAUGAAAGAAAAAAAUAAAUUCAAGGCAGACCUAUUUUCAUUUUUUUCUCUUAAUAUUUACCUUCAGCAGCACCUAUAAUUUACAUGUUUACUUGAAGCCUUAACCCUAAAUUGAUGUGUAGUUUGUAUUGCCAAGUGAAAAAAGCAUUUUUAAUUUACAGCCUUAAAGUCUGUUAUUCAUGGCUUACUUCAAGGUGGCUUUAGGCACCCCAGUGUAUCUCUUGUUGAACCAUAAUAUAACAUGACUUGACAAUAUCUGUUUAGCAGAAUACACAUAUCAAGAAAAAAGAAAAAACUUGUGUUAUGCAUUUGAAUUCCUGAACUCUGUUGCAUGCGUUUUCAAAAGUUGACACUUUGCUUGUCAUAUCUACCAGUUUUCUUGCAGCACAAUUUAGCAGCAAAAUAAUUAAACUUAUACAUAAAAAGUCAGACGAUUUUUUUGAUUAUUUUUCAAAUUCAGCAUUGUUUUGGCACUGCGACAAUAUAAAGGACUGGCAUUUUUUUGAUCAGAUCCUAUUUAAAGUGUUUGUUUUUUUUCUUUCUUGUACUUAAUGUUUUUGUUUCUUUUCAUUAGCUUGGAUAAAUUGCACACUGCACUUUCAGAGCUCUGUUUCUCAAUCAACUAUGCACCAAAUAUGGUGGUUUGGGAGCACACAUUUACCCCGAGGGAGUAUUUGACCUCGCACUUGGAAAUCCGUUUUACCAAGUAAGUACUUCUCUGGAAUGACAAGUAUCACACAUUGUUUUAGCUUUACGGUUUAAGUCACUGAAGUAGAAUAGCAGAUCUGUCACCUAAGUAGAAGCCAGUGAGUGUAAAAUUUAUUUUUUAAUGAAGUAUCUUAUGAACCUUAUAAGUAAAUCAAGGUUCUCAGUUCAGCAGCUUGUAAAAUCUUUAGACUUGCCAGCUCCUUGCUGCUUUUCUACUCUUAUGGACUAUAUAAAUCUUAUUAAAGGGGAACCGUCACUUCACAGAAUUUUUUUGCGGUUAAACAUGUUUGUAAAUUCGGAAAGAUUUUAAUUUAGAACUCCAUACUGUAUUAACAUCUAUCCUGGAACUGAGCACUCUUCUUUUUAACUCCCUUUAAAUAUUAAAAAAUGCUGCCCUUUUGCACCUGUCAGUCAACACACAGGAGGGAAAGAAACAUUGUUUGUUUCUCCUCUUCCAUUGCAGUAUGUGACAGGACUGAACAGGAUUUUAAUAUAAUUUGUCAUGUUUUUAACAUACAAAUAAAGAAAACUGAGCAUCACACGGGGGAGAAAAGGUUAAUGCAAGUUAUAGAUGAUUUUCACAGUUUUAGCCUUGUGCAAUGUGUAUGAAAAGAUUUAUUCAUAUGACCUAUGUAUUUUAUAACUUAGUAGAGACUAAUGCUUCAUAAGAUUAUUUUAUUUUUUUAUAAAAGUUCCACAUGAACAUUUCUCUCCCUGGUCACUAAAAUAUUCGUGUUGGCUCAGGGCACCUGAAGUAAAAUGUCCGCUACCCAUUUAUUUUUCAGCAAAACAUUUCCAUUCUUCUGUGCAGCUUUACAUUCUUUUAUAGAACUGGUAAUUUUGAUCUAAUCUUGUUUUGUGUCAUGCUUUAAUAAAAUCUUUCUCUGCUGGCAGGUCCAUUGUUGGCAUGACCAUGUACAAUCAAGCCACACAAGAGAUUGCAAAACCCUCAGAGCUAUUAACGAGUGUAAGAGCCUACAUGACUGUACUCCAGUCAAUAGAAAACUAUGUGCAGAUUGACAUUACGAGGGUUUUCAACAAUGUUCUGCUUCAGCAAACUCAGCAUUUGGACAGCCAUGGAGAGCCAACAAUCACCAGUUUAUACACUAAUUGGUGAGUUCUUGCCGCGAUAGCCUCUUAAACCAUGUUAAAUCCUACUUGAUGAUAGAUUCCAGUGAUUGUGGGAAUAGUACCCAGAUUUAAUGACUACAAAUGAGGGUCGCAGGCUGGUCAUCUUUCCUUUGUUUUAAAGUUCAGUCCCCAGGCUGUUGCCCACCAUACACCAUUUUUGGAAAUAUUAAUGUGUGGUUAAAUGCAUAUUUCCAUCUUUGCAUUAAAAUAAUGAAUUCAACUAUUCUGCAGGUGAAUAGUCAUGUCCUGUUGACUUUUUGGUUCACUCAUUUUUUAUAUUGAAUGAUUGAACUUGUCCCUGCACAUGCCUUCUCUCUCAUAUGAAGCUUUAAAACGGCCUGUACAAUUUACUUGAGUGUUGUACGCUGUCAACAUGCCAUGUAAUUACACACUAUACAGGAUCUGAUGUCUCUGGGAGAGGAAAGGGCAGUGCUAUAACUGCAGUGCUUCUAUCAAAUUCUUGCAGCAGUAAUUAAUCGUAUCAUGGGUCACAAUAAACAGGGGGCUUCCCUCGCUAUGAUCUCUACAAGGAACAUAAAUGGUUAUGAUGUCUGGAGUGUUUAAGUCUUCCCUGACAUUUAGGCCACCUUUCCAGUCAACGUGUUCUGUUUCUGCAUUUCCUUUAAUUUGCCCCUGUUGGUCUGGUCUGCAUUAUGGUUGUGACUGACAAGAUUUACGUGUUUUGGUUUUUCCUCUAGGUAUUUGGAAACACUACUAAGGCAAGUUAGCAAUGGCCAUAUAGCUUAUUUCCCAGCAAUGAAAGCCUUUGUUAACCUACCCACAGAGAACGAACUAACAUUUAAUGCUGAGGAAUAUUCUGACAUAUCUGGUAAGCACAAUUUGGAGAGAAAAAAAAGCAAAAUGUCCCUUUAAAUAAUCACCAAAGCUAUGUAUCUUCUGUUCUGGGCCGCCCUGGAGAGUCUCUGGCUUCCUUCUUCUCUGAAUUCUCUCCACUUCUUCCUAUGCUGUCAAAUACUGGAACUUCUGUGGCUCCCUCCAAUGCUGGCAAACCUCUUGAUAUCUAUAUAAUUUUCCUUUUAUUCAAAUAUCAUGUCCCCCUACAAUUGUACUCUGGCCUAACACUGUCUGUAUGAUGAUUUUGCUUUUUUCCUAUCUAAUUUUUAUGUAUUUAGUUUGUAUGCUGGAUAUUCGGUUAAAUUUCACAACUUGUGCAAGUUUGUGUUAGAAUUUAUAUAUAAACUUAACACAUAAACUAUAUCAAAGUAAUUGACUGAGGUAAAUUGACACCUUGAGCAGAAAUAUAUAGUUUAGACUGCUAAAAGCUGCUUUAAUGUUAUAUCGGACUAUGCACUAUUGGAUAUCUUUUUUUAUUUUAUUUUUGUUGUUUUGCAUUCCUGUUGUGUUUUAGCUGGUUCAUUAAAAUGUGACUUUCUCUAUUAUUAUGCAGAGAUGAGAGCACUUUCAGAGCUCCUGGGACCAUAUGGCAUGAAGUUUCUUAGUGAAAGUCUCAUGUGGCAUAUUUCUUCCCAAGUGGCUGAACUAAAGGUAAUAUACACUCAUUUCAAAAAUGUCAUAUGUUGGCGAUGUUUCCAAAGAGACUAAAGUGUAUGUGUCUAUUUCUUAUAUAGCAAAGGGUGUAUUAUAGGACAAAUGCCAUCAAGACAUUCAGGAAUAACUAUCAGUAGUUAAAGAAAGUCUCCAGAAACCCAUGCUGAGGUUUUUCCCUGUGUAUUUUAUAUUAAAUGAUUUAUUUUCUGAAGUUAUGGAUAGUAUCUGUCCCUUAAAGGGAUACUGUAGGCACCCAGACUACUUAACUGAAGUAGUCUGGGUGAUGUGACCCUUUUGUUUACAUUAUAGCUCUAAGUCUGCCCUCAGUGUCUGUCUAUCAGACAGCCACUGGGGGCGCUUCCAGAAUCCAAAUGGCCUUUUGUUCUGUUAUCUGAUGCUAUCUAUGCUUACAUAUGGGGUGGUCUAAUCUGCACUGAAUUCAGGUAAGGGGCUGAAGGGGGACAUAUUAUCCCAUAAAGCAAGGAAAACGGGUUUGUUUUUCUGGCACUACAGGAUCACUUUAAUAUAUAUUUAUACUGUACCAUGCAUGUAACUAUUUUUCAAAAAAUAUGGUGUUUACUUUUUUUGUAGCUCAUGCCUUUUGUUUACAUUAACUUAACUUACCAUUCUAAUAAACUGUAAACAAAUUUGCACAUGAGAUGCAUUAAAAGGCAUGACGUCUGUCAUUGCUUGCAUGUGAUCCAGUCCAAAUAAAAUAAGCAAAAACUGCUUAUUGCUAACUUUUCAUAAACUAAUAUGAUGUGCAAAUAAGUGUAAGUAAAUAAAAAAAUUAAUUGGGAAUAAUUCCUGAGAAGUGACCUUUCAACUUUAAAAAAAAGUUUCCUAUCUGUAAUGCAAGGCUGAGAAUGUUUCCAUUCUUGUUUGAAUUCAAGUAGUGCAUUGCAUUUUAUUUACUGCCUGAAACAAUCCCUCUGUACUUUUAUGGGAGCAGAUUCUUAAUGAAGGCUAGAUAUUAGUGCAUUUUUAUAGAAGAGCCUCAGCCAAUGUGCUGUCAUUCUGGGUUUAAUGAGACAAUUACCCUGUCAAUAUUGUACCUAGUCCUCAUUCCUCCUGUUGCAAGCCUUUAAUUUACAGAGCUUGUCUUUCAGUUGGAGUGGAAUAAAUGCUCCCUUUUCACUUGUUUUUACAUUCGGUUAAACUGCCAAGAUGUGUUCUUUCUUAUUCAUUUGCCCUUGUCUAUUUUUGAAAAGCAUCCAUGAAGCACACUACAUAAAACUACGUUCUCCAAAAUGUUUUUUUCUUUAAAGUCUAUUUAUUAUGUAAAAGCUGUGUUUUGUGCUUUUAUAUUUACUAGACUCUCACUUUCAGUGUCAGGUGUGCCCAAUAUAUUUUUAAGUAAUAAUGAUCCACUAUAGUUAUACCAGAGUGCAGAACUUACUUUAAAUUGGAAGGGAUACCGUUAUAAACCUUCAGUGUGAUGUAAACAAUACAUGUUUUCUGUCGCAUAAUUGUAUUUAUUUCCUUUUAGAAACUGGUGGUGGAAAAUGUUGAGGUUUUAACGCAAAUGAGGACAAGUUUCGAUAAACCAGAGCAGAUGGCGGCACUUUUCAAAAGACUGUCAUGUAAGAGAUUCUUUCUAUUUGCAAACCUUUUAUUCUGCAUUGUCUACUUAAAUAGCUGAUGCAGCAUCUCUGGCAUUGUGGUAGAUCUUCAAUCUGCAGUACUGGAAACUUUUAUUGCUGCAAAUAUAUUGCCCACUGGAGAGUGGUACUGCAUGUGAGUUCUCUGAUAAUGCCUGACAUUGCUUUAGAGGGUGGAGUAUUCUAGUGGCUUCACAGGAACUGAAAUACCUUCUGUUUACACAGCCUGGGGAUGGAAAUUAUCCUUUGCAGCUUAUUAAUUCUGUAUGCGCCAUCCUUGAUCUCCUCCACUGUACCUCAGAAAAAAAAAUUGAUAUGCAUUUGCACUCUUUUUGAUACCAGUAUAUGCACGUUUUUAUAGCCAUAUGAAUGCUGUUUUGUUUUUAUUUAUUUUUCUUCCUAUUCUGCAGCUGUUGACAGCGUCUUAAAGAGGAUGACUAUAAUUGGAGUUAUUUUGUCAUUUCGCUCGCUUGCACAGGAAUCCCUAAGAGAUGUAAGAUAUGUUGUACUUUAUUUGGUAUAUUAAAUGUUUCAAGUAGGAUAGCUUUUUUUUUUUUUUUAAAUUGGGGGGUGGGUGGUUGCACAUUUGAGUGGAUAUAUCCAUCCGUAUCCACUCUGAUGAGAAAAUCUAGAUUAACUUUUUUGGUUGUUUACCAAUUGGAUGACUAGUUGUCCUACUUUAUAUAGUAUUAAUUUGCCGUUAUAAUGCAAUAUUAGCCAGUAUAUGCUGUAUCUCAUGUUAUAAAAAUAGUAUGAAGAUUUCCACCAUUUGGCUAUUGAAAUCUGAGCUAUACACUACGCAAAUUGUCCAUCAAUAGUCCAAAUGUCUUUGAGUGGUAAUAACCCACAAAAAUAUGCAAAGAUCCCAGAAGGAGACAGAGCUUCUUUAACAAGAAUUUUAAGGGAUUGAGGACAAAGUGUGUAUCAUACCACUGACUAGUUUGUCAGAGAACUGCACAGUUUUGGAAUUAACAAAAAAUAUCACAUAUUACUGUGUAGUCAAAUAGUGUUGGUCUCUUUAAAGAACUAAAAAAUAAGCUUUUAAAUGUAAGUGGAUAAAGGCUGCCCCCAAAAUAUUUAGCUAAAACUAUUCAGUAUGAGAAUGAUGAGACUGUACUAUGCCAAUCAAAUGCUUUUAUGAGCAGCAUUUGAUUGAGUCUCAUUUGGUUAUUCAGUGGGAGCUGCUAUAGCAGCUAUCAGGAAGACAGCCACUAAAGCUGUUUACCCUGCAAAACCCUGAAAAUGUUGCUACAGUGGGACCUCGGUUUACGAAUUUAAUGCGUUCUCCGGGACGUUUCUUAUUGCGAAAAAUUUGUAAACCGAAACGCGGUUUCCCAUAGGAAUGCAUUUAAAACCAAUUAAUCCGUUCUGGAGGUCAGAAAAAAGUCAAAAUGAGCUGGCAUGGAAAGCAACACACAAUAAAAGGCAUGCAAACGACAACGAUCAGCUCCCUACCUUUCCACAGCUUGAGAAAUGCACCAAAAAGUCCCAAAACAACUGCAAACAAUUUCCAGAAUAGCUUCAAAACUCUACGCAAAAGUUGCUCCAACACCUCCACGUGCUACCCACAGGCUACAGCAUGCAGGGGGCAGUGCUAUAAACCUCCCAGGUGCAAUGCAUCCUGGGGAAACUUGCUUUGUAUUGCUAAACAAAUUUGUAAACCGAGGCAUUAUUUUCAAUGAAUUUUCAUUUGUAAACCGAAAAUUAUGUUAACUGAGGCGUUUGUAAACCGAGGUCCCACUGUAUAUCUACAGGACUUCAUUGAGAUGAAGUGGUCGGAGUGUGUAUUGUUGUCCUUUAACAUGUUUUGCUCCCCAAAUGAACUGUCCCCUGGGUAACCUGCAUUUGAUACAGUUCCACACAAUAGAUUAGUGUUCAAACUCAAGGAAAUCGGUCCAGAUGAAAAUGCUUGUUCUUGGGUACAACAUUGGCUUAAAAACAGAGUACAAAGAGUUGUCAUUAAUGGUAAAUUUUCAAGCUGGACAGAGGUGGCAAGUGGUGUCCCUCAGGGGUCUGUUCUGGGACCCCUUCUAUUUAACAUGUUUAUAAAUGAUCUUGAAGACGCAUUGAAAGUCAUGUUUCAGUGUUUGCAGAUGACACCAAACUUUGUAAAACAAUACAAUGUGAGCAAGAUAUUACUUUGCUGCAGAGGGAUUUAGAUAGACUGGGGGACUGGGCACUCAAAUGGCAGAUGAAAUUUAAUGUUGAAAAAUGCAAAGUUAUGCACUUCGGCGUAAAGAAUACACAAGCAACGUAUACCCUUAAUGGAAGCGAAUUAGGGAUAACAACACAUGAAAAGGACUUGGGAAUUGUUAUAGACAACAAACUAUGCAACAAUGUGCAAUGUCAAUCAGCAGUGGCCAAGGCCAGUAAGGUAUUGUCAUGCAUGAAAAAGGGCAUUCAUUCUCGGGACAAGAAUAUAAUUUUGCCUCUUUAUAAAUCACUGGUAAGACCCCAUAUUGAAUAUGCUGUGCAAUUUUGGGCACCUGUUCUAAAGAAGGAUAUUAUGGCACUAGAAAAAGUGCAGAGGCGGGCUACAAAAUUAAUAAAAGGAAUGGAACAUAUCGGCUAUGAAGAAAGGUUAACAAAUUUAAACCUAUUUAGUUUAGAAAAACGUCGCCUGAGAGGGGAUAUGAUAACAUUAUACAAAUAUAUUCGGGGCCAAUACAAACCAUUGUGUGGAAAUCUAUUCACAAACCGGACUUUACAUAGGACACGAGGCCAUGCGUUUAGACUGGAAGAAAGAAGAUUUCGUCUAAGGCAAAGGAAAGGUUUUUUUACUGUAAGAACAAUCAGGAUGUGGAAUUCUCUGCCUGAGGAAGUGGUUUUAUCAGAGUCCAUACAGAUGUUCAAGCGGCUACUAGAUGCAUACUUGCAAGAACAGAAUAUUCAAGGAUAUAAUCUUUCAAUGUAGGGUAAUAACUGCUUGAUCCAAGGAUAAAUCUGACUGCCAUUCUGGGGUCAAGAAGGAAUUUUUUUUCCUAGCUUGUUGCAAAAUUGUGCUUCAAACUGGGUUUUUUUUUGCCUUCUUUUGGAUCAACAGCAAAAAACAAAGGUGAGGUAGGCUGAACUUGAUGGACGCAAGUCUCUUUUCAGCUAUGUAACUAUGUAACCUGCUAAUUUUCUUAUAUCUUACUACCUGUCUGAAUUAUUACUUAAAUGUAUAGGACAAAACAUGUUUGACUUGAUAUAGUAAAAGCAUUUCAGUGAAAACAUUUCUCCUUUCUUUAUAGGUCUUAUCUUACCACAUUCCUUUUCUUGUAAGUUCUGUUGAAGACUUCAAAGAUCACAUUCCAAGGGAGACUGACAUGAAGGUAAUGAGUUUUAUACAGACCACCAAUUUCAUAAUUCUUGUAGAUCACUUCUAGACAAGUGCAGAGGAAUUUGCAACAUCCAAUAACAGCUUUAAUAAUGUAUCCAUUACAAAUGGUCUGAUACGCUCAGAAUGUAAUUUGAGUGACUCUGCAUUCAUAGUUAUUUUGGAACUGGUUAUUAUGUAGUAAAGGGGGUAUUCAUUCUAUUGUGUGCUACGUGCACUCAAAAUCCUACGGUCUCGCAUCACCUGUGUGGAAGUUAUACUUUCCAGGAUUUCCUGUAGAUUCCGAGGUGUAGGUCUAUACUCUGUCUAUGUAAGAGUUAGGAUGAAAGCAGUGCCAUUACAAAUUCCCUACUUUGGUGCUCAGUAUUUUUUAUAAUUAUUAUAAUUUUCUGAUUCUAUCGAAGGAUUUGUCUGUUCUCCAAUCUACACUAUAUGUAUUCAUUAAGGUUGUGGCAGAGGUGAUGGUUAUUUUAAUACUGAAUGGUUCUGGUACAUAAAUACUUGUGUUGUCUUUCUCAUUAAUUCUAUUAGGUUGCAAUGAAUGUGUAUGAACUGUCAUCUGCAGCUGGAUUGCCAUGUGAAAUAGAUCCUGCCUUAGUUGUGGCAUUGUCAUCUCAAAAAUCAGGUAUGUUUUGUUUUUUCUUAAUCCCAUUAUGGUAAAAUAUAGUGCUAUAGAAUAUUGCCGUUUAUCAAGAACUGCAAUAAUUACAAUUAAUGGGUUAAACUGACAGGGUCACUGCACACAGACCAUUUCAGAUAAAAUGUGUCAUAUACAAUGUAUGUGAAAAAAUAGAUGUAUGAAAAUGCUUAAAUACCUUGCUUAUGUGGAACGGAAUUUGUGGCUUUAAGGGCUAUGCUUUAUUUUGCAAAGUAGCCUUUGUACACGCAUUAUUUGAAUGGAAGUUGCGAAUAGCAUUCUAGUUGAGUGUCUAAAACUCAAAACUACUGCUAAAGUCAAAACAAGCCUGACGUUAGUUGCUUUACCUGGCAGUCACAUAUGUUCUAUGACCCCCCCCCAUCCUCGAAAGACAUUUGUAUGCUGUAGCAGUCAUGUGGUGCACUUUGAAAUUAAUAUCUAGCGGCUUUUUGCCAAGUAAACACAGUGAAUAUAUGAUUACUUUUAUGGCUCCUUAGUGUAUAGUAAGGGAUAUGUUACAAUAUUUUUAGAAUGGUUUUAUUAUGGUUCUAAUAUACUAUAGUCUUGGAAUUUAACCCCAUGAGCUAAAGUUGGUUGAAAUGCCUUUUUGGAACAGUUCUGACCAUGUUCGUUCUGAAUCAAAUGUAGAAAAUGAUCCAGGCACUCCAAGAAAUAGGCAAUUUUAUUGGACCCAAGCACCAAAAACAACGUUUACACCCCUUAGGGCCUUUAUCAAGCACCUAGACUUGAUAAAGGCCCUAAGGGGUUGAAACUUUGGGGGUUUUUUGUGCUUGGGUCCAAUAAAAUGUCCUAUUUCUUGGAAUAUCUUGGAGUGCCUGGAUCAUUUUCUACAUUUGAUUCAGAACGAACAUGGUCAGAACUGUUCCAAAAAGGCGUUUCAACCAUCUUUAGCUUAUGGAUCAUUUUCUACAUUUGAAUUUGAUAUUUGGUCCCUUUGGUGCUGGUGCUGAUCCAUGAUUGCACCCAGGAUUCCACCACGAAGGAUUGAGUGCAUUUCUAUUAUCUAUACAAUGUUUGUUUUGAAGGCUUUAAAACUUUCUCACCCGAAGUGGGACUAAUGGUCUUGCUAUAAUGCAUUUGUUUUAUUCUACAGAAACAAUCAGUCCUGAAGAAGAAUACAAAAUUGCCUGCCUUCUGAUGGUGUUCGUGGCAGUUUCUCUUCCAACUCUGGCCAGCAAUGUGAUGUCACAGUACAGUCCUGCAAUUGAAGGUAUGGAUAAUAAACCCAAACUCUUGGAAAUCUAUGUGGAUAGUAAAUAUUGGUAAUCAAGAAAAUGGUAAAGGUUGUACAGGUAAAUUAUAAAGAAGUGCUAGCAUUGAGGCAUCCCAUAUAAUGCCAAGAAAUCAAUCUAGAUACAAAAGGAUGCACACCAAAAUUAUAUAAUCAAUCACUUUAUUGUACAGUCACAUAUAACAACCAAUAGAUAAUUAUUAUAACAUUACAUCACUCAAUCUACACUGCCUCCCUUAGUAAACUCAUCAGCUCCUUCGGCUUCCAGUAUCAUUUCUAUCAAUUUAUCUGUCAUCCCCUGAUUUCUCGCUACCCCUCUUGACUCGUGUCUCUGACUGCCUCUACUAUUUCCAACUGGAUGGCUGCUCAUUUCCUUAAACUGAACGUAUCCAAAACAGAACUUCUGGUCUUCCCUCCCUCAAGUGUUGCUACUCCUUUGUCUGUUUUCCUCUAAGUCAAUGGUGCUACCAUCCGUUCUACCUACGUAUCCUCACUAAUACACAAAUAUGUCCCAUCUAGGCCCCUCCGCUCUGCUGGAGACCUACGUCUAACCUCUUUUAUACUCCUACCUCUUGUGCUCACCUUAAAGACUUCUCUAGGGCUGCACCAUUCCCACACCCUUCCCCUCGCUGUUAGACUUUCACCCAGUCUCCACUCCUUCAAAAAAUCUUUGAAAACUUAAUUCUUUAGGAAAGCAUAUCAAUUAAACUGUGAACAGCUUUCCCUUUCUGCAGCCUGACUCCUCUCCUUCAACUGUAAUCAAAACAAAACACUAGGCCCUCAAUUAAUACUAUCCUAGCAACCUACUUUUCUACCCUACCCUUACCUUUUGUCAUUAUACCCCACUCCCUCUAGCAUGUAAGCUCAUUGAGCAGGGCCCUCAAUCCCUCUGUUCCUGUGUGUCCAACUCGUCUGGUUACAUGAGUCUGUUAGUCCACCCAUUGUACAACGCUACAGAACUUGUUGGCGCUUAAUAAAUAAUAACAUACAAAUGAUAGAGGCUAUAAUUUAGUAAGUAACAAAGCAAAGAACUUCAUAUAACAAUCAUACACAGCCUCAGAUGGCUGGACAUGUGCACCACAAAUACCCCUGAACAUUUCAGCACAAACACGUGUGACUUUCUCGGGAGUCCGUAAAGAUCAUGCGAGUGAUCCUGAAAUUAUUACCUUCACAUAUUUCUUAUACACCAACACUGCUGUCUCAAACAAACAUACACAACUAAAUGGCUGUGCAUGUGUGUAAAGCACUUUAGACAAACCCUACACGAUGUAGUCUGUUAGAUGUCUUAUAGGUACAGCUUAGUCUAUAUUUCAUGUGGGAGGUUUACAGGAAAAAGCAAUGAAUUUUAUAUAUUUUUUUUUGUCUUGUCUAACUGUGGUUGGUAUUGGAUAGGACAUGAUGUUCCCUGCCAUUUUUAGCGAAUUCAAUCCUUAAACUAAUCCUGUUGGGAAUUUUCAUUAAUCAAUGCUAUGGUUUCAUAUUUAUAAAGUACCUCCAUAUUACACAGUGUCGUAUAAUUUGAGUUAUAUGACGACCCUGCUGUGAAUUUAAACUCUAGCGUUCACAACAUAUUUAUAUAGGAAGAUUACUUAUGAGCUUACAAUCUAGGUUUAAAGGACCACUAUAGGCAUCCAGACCACUUCAGCUUAAUGAAGUGGUCUGGGUGCCUGGUCCAUCUAGGAUUAACCCUUUCUGCUGUAAACCUAGCAGUUUCAGUUUCAACUACUAUGUUUACCUAUGGGUUAAUCCAGCCUCUAGUGGCUGUCUCAUUGACAGCCGCUAGAGGCGCUUCUGCGCUUCUCACUGUGAUUUUCACAGUGAGAAGACACCAGCGUCCAUAGGAAAGCAUUGAUAAUGCUUUUCAAUGAGACUGGCUGAAUGCGCCCGCACGUGCUGGAAGAAGAGGGGAGGAGAGUCCCAGCGCCGAGGGAGCCCGGCACUGGAAAAAAGGUAAGGGAUUUACCCCUUCCUCCCCCUUCAGCGCCACGGGAGUGGGACCCUGAGGGUGGGGGCACCCUCAGGGCACUAUAGUGCCAGGAAAACGAGUAUGUUUUCCUGGCACUAUGGUGGUCCUUUAAGAGGAAGUGAAUUGUGCUUUGGAAAAUGAUAGUCGGAAUCUAUGUCCUCAUCUCUGUUAAUACGGUUUAUGUCCAGAACCAUCGUUUCUGGUUUUGUGGAUUUUUUUUUGUCUCCUAAUUUACAACAAAAUAACCAAGUUUAAUUAUGUAAUCAUUAUCUUUUGAUUUUUAGGUCAUUGCAACAACAUUCAUUGCUUGGCAAAAGCGAUCAACCAGAUUGCUGCAGCGCUGUUCACAAUUCACAAAGGGAGCAUUGAAGAUCGUCUUAAAGAAUUCUUGGCUGUAUGUACUUAUUAUGGAAAUUACGAUUAUCUGUAUUCGUGAUGGAAUAGCCUUGUAUCUCAUUGAUACUUUACUAUUAUGUCACUGAGUAUGUAACUCUCUUAAAUCUUCUUAAGUAUUCAGGUGGUAUCCUGUUGACCUGCAUAUAAGGCUCUUUGCACUCUGAAUCUAUGCUCCUAUUAAUAGUAAAGUAUUAUCAUAAUAUCCAUGUUCUGUCCAUGUCUUGUGGAAGAGAAUAUAGUUGAAAAGUUCUUUAACAUUUACGUUUCACCUUAAAUGGCACAUCAUGGUGCACUCGUAAACACCAUCAUUACUACAGCUUAUUGUUUCAGCAAUAGUGUGUAGAGUCUUUGGGCAUGGUGUUCCUGAUGUCAAACAAUCUUUGAGCAAUUUAAUAAAAAAAUUUUGUGUGUUUGUAUAUGUAUGUAUAUAUAUGUGUAUAUAUAUGUGUGUAUAUAUAUAUAUUUUUUAUUUUUUUUAUUUUUUUUUUCUGCUGUGACUUAGCUGUACAACAUUUGAUGAUAAUGAAAGGCUAAAAGUGUUAGAUAGAUGCUGAUACAAUUUGACACUCACCAGACAAUAAAACCAAAAUACUUUUUGCAGUUAUUCAAAGGGGAACUUACACUUCACAAGCUUUUUAAAAAAAAUUAUAUUUACUUGUCUCAUAUAUUAAACAAGUAUGUCAGGUGUGAAAAAAUAAAAUGGACAAAUCCAGUACUCUAUUCUGCAACUGUGUACCUUCAUCUUAGUUCCCUGUCAAUCAUUCUUAUACGUUCUGUCCUUGGCACCUGGCAAUGAGCAUAGAGAAAGCAUACAAAGAACAGGAGAAAUUAGAGUUCCUUUAUCUCCUCGUCAUUUUCAGUGUGCCUGGACUGAACUGGAUUGCUGUGUCAUUUGUUAAACCUUUGUUGUAAAUAUAUAGAAAAUUGAGCAUCACAUGGAAACAGUAAGAAUAGCAGUUAUAGGUGAUCUUAAAUAUUCAAUGGUGUGAUUACCAUAGAAGUUGGUCUAUUGAAUCGGAUGUGUAGACUGAGCAGAGUUAUUGUACACUGAGCUAAGGUGAAUCUGUGGAAUCUGUGUUUGUCAUUGCGAGAUCAAGUGAUCUGUAUUUUCAGCAUUACGCUGUUUUUUUAAAUAAGGAACUAAAUACAUUUCACAGACCCAUCAAGUAGUAAGAAAAUAACCCAAAUGUAAUUGUGUUUUUUUGUUUUGUUUGUUUUUUUGUCAUUAAGAUGUAUGUUAAAUACAAGCAUGAUUAGGUAUAUAAUACAUUGUGGUCGUCUUUUUUUUUUUUUUUUUUUCUCUUCAGCUUGCAUCAUCUAGUUUACUGAAAAUUGGCCAAGAGACCGAUAAAACUACUACACGGAAUAGAGAAUCUGUUUAUUUGCUGCUAGACAUGGUGAGUUUAACUGAAAAAUAUGGAAAUUAGUUUAAUUCAACAAGGCAUAACGACUUUGAUUUCCUUUGUGUGAUUUUUGUUUUGGUUUGCAGGCACGCUUUCAUUUCACCAACUUUGUUUCCCAUCAUUCAUACUCCAGUUAAUCUAAAAAAACAUGCAUGUUAGCUGAUAAUAGCACUCUUGAUUAUAAUGGGUACACGUUGAUUAAAAAAAAUAAAAGUGAACUCUGUUUAUUCAGUAAUUGGAUUUUGUUAUUGACCUUAAUCCUGCUUUUUUGGAAUAUUGGUAUAAUUUAUGAAAAUUGUUAGUAUUUUUUUUAUAUCAGGAAAACUCAUUUCUUCAAUAAUUAGAAUAAUUAUCAAUACAUUUUUAUUUUGCUAAAAUAUAACUUGCAACAUUGUCAUAGCACUACAAAAAGACAUAUAUACAUUUCUAAGUCGACAAAAGCAUUUGUUUAGUGUAAUUUUCCUUCACUGCUCAUUGUUGCAUAAUAUCAGGGCUCAAAGUUUCCACGCGAUACUAGCCAUUGACUAGUGAACAAUGCGCCCUGAUGAUAUGUUAAUGUGCUCAGAUUUAAUUGUGAUGCAGUAAACAAGACUAAUAUAAAUCUAGUUUUAUUGAAGUUAUUUAAGCAUUUUUUCUGUGUUUUUGUUUUGCAACAGAUCGUGCAAGAGUCGCCAUUCCUGACUAUGGAUUUGCUGGAAUCCUGCUUUCCUUACGUCUUACUGAGAAAUGCAUACCAUGCAGUUUACAAACAAAGUGUCACAUCGUCUGCAUAAAUAUUUGCAUUGUGAAUAACCUGGCACAAGUUUUAUGCUGCCUCUUGUUUUACUUGGAAACUGUGCAAAAGAAAAAAAAAAUAUGGUUUUGUGACUUAAGCGCCUCCCCUAUUCCAUUGUCUUUUUUUGACCAGUGGUUUCUUUAUGCAGUUGUUCUACCAGAUAAGCUUUGUUGAUUGCACUUCAGUAAAAAACAUAUUAAAAAAACAAACAAACUAAAAAUAAAGUUUCUGAACGGUUACAUUCUGAGUCAAGAAAAUGUGAGGAGGGGAGAACAAAAACACACACUACUUUGGAUCUGUUUUUGAUAUUUGAUCAUGCAAAAUAUUAUUGCUUGUUUAUUUCAAAGAAAUGUAUUUAGUGAUUAUUUUAGAUGGUGGUAUAGGUGACAUCUGUGUGUAAAUUAUUUCAUAUAGGGAGAGUUCAGAUCUGUACCUUUUAUGUUCUUAUUGAUGAAAAUUUGAUCUGUGAUUUCUGUGGUGUAUUUGCAUCAUUUAUAUAUGUUUUUCUGGGUGGUUGUUGUUUUUUCUUUUUUUUUUCUUUUUUCUUUUUUUCUUUUUCUUCUCUAAGCAUCCUCCAAAUGAGAUUACAAUAGAAGAUGAAAACUGACAUGUCACAAGAUCAUUGGACUUUUCUUCAUUCAAAAAAGCAGGAUCUCCCCUGAUAUUUUUAAGCAGCAGCACAUGUUGUUUGUAAAAAGCAUAGUAUAAUUUUUUUUUUUUUUUUAAACUAAAUUUCCAUGAUGCUCUCUUGGCAUUAAUACUACCAUUGUACCCUAAUAUAUGGUAUGAUAAAAAGAAACAUUCUUAUGCAUUUAUCAAAUGUUAAUACAUUGUUUUCCCUUAACCACUUUUAUAUGUUUUAACUUUUUGAAAUUCAAGUGUAACGUCCAUAACAUAAAACAAUAAACACUAGACUGUAUCAAAUACACUGUUCUCACAGAGUAUAAAUCGAUAAACCUGACUUAAUGAGCAGAGAUUAAAAUGUUUAUUAUGGAAACUACGUAUAUAUUUUUUUAUUCUUCUCUUCAGAAAACAGACUUUGGCAUGAGGAUAGUUACCAGUGAAGUUUAAUUUUAUUACUUUUAAAUGAG